AUGGAAGCCCCAUCACAGGGUUUGCAGACGGUCAUGAAGUGGAAAACGGUGGUGGCCAUCUUCUUUGUGGUUGUGGCCUACCUGGUCACCGGGGGACUUGUGUUUCGUGCCCUGGAGCAGCCAGAAGAAAGCAGGCAGAAGGACAGAACAGCCAACGACAAGGCAGAUUUCCUUCUGGAGAACAAAUGUGUAUCUCAACAGGAGUUGGAGGAAUUGAUUAAGGUGAGAAAACUAGAAGGAACAUACUAAUGAAACUCACUGACACUGCGUUCUAGAUUUUAAGUUAUGGGAAAUGAUGGUUCACCGCUGUGUAAAUGAACUAUGGCAAGCAUCGGGCUUGGGUGCUCUUCCUCCCCAUUUUCUUCAGUUUUAAGAUCAUGGGAAUGAAAUCAAAAGCACCUGCCUUUGGUUUUAGGUGAAGUGCGGCUUUCUGUCAUGCCUGAAGCCGAAAACUGUGGCUUGUUAAAAUUAUGGUUAAUGAGAAUGUGCCAUGCUCAAAGUGUGGUUUUACUUGAGGUGUGAUCUGAAAGCAUCUUUUUGCACAAGUUCUGGAGUGGUUUUCCUGGUGACCUGAAGGGGCUGCUGUGGAUCCCUUGGAUCCCAGCCACUGUUUCCUAAAAUGUAUCUGAAGAAGUGUGCAUGCACACGAAAGCUUAUACCAAGAACAAACUUAGUUGGUUUCUAAGGUGCUACUGGACAAUACACACACACACACACACACACACACACACGCACACACGCACACACGCACAUGCACAGAGGACACUCAGGUUGCAAACGUGAUCUGUGCGGGAGGCACGUUCGCAAGCCGCAGUGCUGCUUCUGCACAUGCGUGGGUUGCAGUUCAGUGCUUCUGCGCAUACGCGACCGCUGAAACCCGGAAGUAACCCAUUCCGGUACUUCUGGGUUUUGGUGGUCCGCAACCCAAAAAAAUGCAACCUGAAGCAUCUGUAACCCGAGGUAUGACACUCUCUCUCUCUGUGUGUGUAUAUAUAUAUAUAUAUAUAUAUACACACACACACACACACACAGUGGUACCUCGGGUUACAGACGCUUCAGGUUACAUAUGCUUCAGGUUACAGAUUCCACUAACCCUGAAAUAAUACCUCGGGUUAAGAACUUUGCUUCAGGAUGAGAACAGAAAUCGUGCUCCGGUGGCGCGGCGGCAACAGGAGGCCCUUUUAGCUAAAGUGGUGCUUCAGGUUAAGAACAGUUUCAGGUUAAGAACGGACCUCUGGAACGAAUUAAGUACUUAACCCGAGGUACCAUUGAUAUAUAUAUAUAGAGAGAGAGAGAUCGACAGCGUCAGACCAACACAGCUACCUACCUGAAUCUAAACUGUACAGGAAGUUGAGAAGAAAAGAUCUGAAGAGAUGUUUCCACUCAGAAUGUUUCCAAGUUCAGGCAGAAGCAGAUCUGGCAUGUACAGUCCACAAACCCCAAUUUUUAUUUUAUUACAUUAAUAUGCCAACUUUUUCCCUCCAAGGAGUUCAAGAUAGUAUACAUGGCUCCCCCACCCCCAUUUUUAUCUUCACAACAAUCUGUCAGGUAGGUUAGGCUGAGAGAUGGUGACAGGCCCAAAGUCGCCCAGUGAGCUUCAUGGCUCAGUGGGGAUUCGAACCCUGGCAACCCAAGUCAUAGUCUAACACUCUGAGCACUGUACCAUACGGGCUCUCUGAAUGCACUAUUGUAACACGGCAGUAAUAUAUUGCUCAUUGACCUUUUAGAAGAGUAGGAAGUUUUUUGCAGGAUGAGGGCCAUACUCCCUCAUGGCUAGCCUUGGUGGGCAGUGGUAGGCAGAACCAAAGCAGAAUUGGGUGUGGCCAGAGCCCCCAUCAAGGGCGCUCUCUCACUCUCUCUCAUACACACACACACCUUUCCCAGCAGUCCUCCCCAGAUGCAGUGUCCACAAAGAUCACCUCUCCACCACACAGCAAGUGCACUUGAAACAACCUUUCCUCCUAAGCCUAAUUGUGGUGCAGGCAGCUGAUUUUGUUGGGGUGGUCUAGCACAUAAGGAGGUGGAGUUAUAUUUCCCCAGUGGUGAGCCUGCUAGGGCAGGGAGGCCAACAGUAGGUGGCGCCAGAGAUGUUAACAGACAGAGCCAACUAGUUCAUGUUCGUCCCCAUCCUCCUCCUUGUUGAGUUCCACAAAGGCAACAGUGAAACCAAGGAGAAGGAAGCUUACAGGCCAUGGUACCUUCUGGACUGGUUGUAAGUAAGAAGGGAGCCAGGUGGGGGCUGGCUGGGAACAGGAUGAGGUUGGUGGUGCAGUUCCUCAUUUGCCCUAAGGAACCAGCUUCCACUGCCUUUCCCUCCCCAGCUUCAGCCCUCCCCUUCUAUUCAUGCCAAGUGACGUGUGGGGGGAAGAGGCAAGGAGAGGAGUCCUCCAUGGGUUUCAUCUGGCCCCAGACUGACGACUCACAGGCCCAUCCUUGCUUUAGGGAACACAUGGGAUUAGAAAGAAGAAAUACAAAAGACAUGGCCUUUAGUGCUGUGGCAGCUACAUUUUGGAAUUCCUUAGACAGGAAUUAGUCUCUGCUGUCUUUUUUGUCUACUGAAGACCUUCCUCUUCCAAUAAGCCUUUUAUGCAGAGAUCUUGCCUAGUUUGCAUCUGUAUUGACAUUGCUUUUAGCCGUUUUGUUGUUUGUGUGUUUGGGAGGAAGGCCAGCAUAUGAACAUUGACAACAAUGACAUCCAGUUGACUCUGUUUUUAUUAGUAGGAGGAAUUCAGCACCGCCUCCAUGGUCUCUGACUACUCACGGUUAAGGAAGAAUGUUAAUGGGUUAGGAAGGAAAGGGACCCCCCAGCCAGAUGUUUUGCAAGCCAGCAAAGUUGGGGCAGGUUGUUGGAGACAGCAGCUGAACAGCUGAUCGGCUGAGCAUCCAUAGCCAGAUCCACUUGGCUGAGGAAGAGCAUGCUAGAACUGGCAAGCACACAGAUUAAAGUGCAACACCAAUAAAGUGUGAAGUUGUACUUAAACCAAUAAACCUCUUGGCAGUACAUGUUGGCUGUCUUGUAAGCCGGAAGGUUUGAAGCCAAAGAGAGCAGGAAAUGGGUUGACAGGAUGGCCAGCAAUUAAUAAAAUCCCAACCAAAAAACCACACUUCUGCCAUAUAUAAGCUUUGGAGCAGCUGUCCUAUCAACUUUGUAUGUGACUUCAUUUGCAAGGAUCCUGAAACAGCGUGCAUUCUUGCAUCAGAAGUCAGCCUUUAAGGUGACUUCAAACAGGGAUUUAAAAACCCCACACAGAGACCAACCAAUGAUAAUAGGUGGAGGUUUCCAGUCUAAUCCCUCCAUCUGUAUUCAAUGCAUGGGGUAGCGAUCACAAACUGUUAUCACCUGACAGCUGUGUGUUGGUCUGUAUGAAAUAGAUUUCAUCUUGCUGCAGGUCUCGGUUGAAAGGUGACUUUAUUUCCAGAGCCUUUCUUUGUCAAACUAAGCAGGGGUCCAGAGUAUAUGAGUGGCCUUGGAGACCUGAUUCUUGUCUGUGCAGUUUAAUGGGUUUUCUUUCCUGUCAGUAAACGUGGGGCAGGCGGGGGGUGGGAGGAGGCUCUGUUGCUGCUCAUGCUGUUUGUGUUGUGUGGGGGGGAAACAAAGGACUUGGUAUUGUUGCUUUUAAUGUGGUGCUUUCAUUCAUAGCGAUAUUUCUUUUUACAAACAUCAAGGAACUGGCUGAAGGACUGCUCAUUAGUCCUGUAUAGUUGUAUGAAAGAGGUAUUCUUGAUAGCGUGCUUGAUCAAAACAAGAGGUUGUUAAUUAGAAAUUAGAGGGGGUUUUAGUUGAAUUUCAAAGAAAAUGAAGAUUUUGGAAAUUCAUUGACCUCUUUUGCAUGUUGCAGUAUGCAUGCUUUAUUCUGCAUGAGCAGAUUAUGUUCAUUUUUCUUCUCCCUACCAGCAUGUGGACUAUGAUCUCUGGCUCAGGCUACAUUCAUACAAAACAUUUAAAGCACUAUGGCUUCCCCACUCCCAAAAAAUUAUGGGAGCUGUAGUUACAUAGUGCUGAGAGUUAUUAGGAGGCUCCCAUUCCCCUCACAGGACUACAGUUCCCAAAAAACCCUGUGAAGGGGGAUUGUUACAACACUCUAGGAACUUUAGCUCUUUUAAUUGUAAGACACCUUUGUACAAAUAAAAUAAACUUUGAGGUAAGGUAGGCUAUGGAUGGGUUCAGUGCCCCACUAUGCACUUAUUUAUUACAUUUUUACCCCACCUUUCCUCCAAGGACCUCAAGGUAGCACACAGGGCUCUCUUCUUCCCCAUUUUAUCACACAACAGUGCGCCAUAGUAGUGGAUGGAGGCUUGCACUUGGACCAGAGGGACCUUGGUUUAUGUCUCUGGUCAACUAUGAAGCUCACUGGACGACCUUGUGCUGAUCAUUGCCUCUCAGCCUAACUUAACCUGACUGUAGUGAAAGGAAUGAUUUAGUUUCAUCAUCAUCAUUUUUAAUUUGUAUACUGUCUUUCUAUCUUACAAUACUUAAGGUGGUUUAUAAGCUGAAGAAACAAAAAAUGUACAUCUUAUAACAAUCGAAUGCAAUACAAAAAUGUGAUAAUAAAACCUAACUUUAAAAUAAGCAACUACAUCAAAAAAGUAACAUUCAACAAUCAUUAGAAUUGUAUAAAAGAAUAAUAUCAGCAUAUAAAAGUUAAACAGAAAUUCACCCUUAACAGUUACGAUAAAUAAUUUCUAAACUAUAAUCAAUAAAACAACUGCAAGCCACAGUACAUAAAAUAAUGCAAUAGAAAUUGAGAGGCAGAGACUAGAGGUUGGAGUAAGGCAGGUGGAAGAGAGCGUUUCUCCCCUCACAGUUCUUCCUCCAGGCACAGCUUCCUUAUGAGGAAGUUUGAGGCGCCAUGCCUCACAACUCAGUGAGCGCGCGCGCACACACAUGUCUCUAAUGCAAUGGUGUUUUUAUUACCUUCCCCUCGCUGGAUCAGGGCCAUUCCAAUCCAUUCCCGAAUUGUGUAGGAGAGGGGGGAAGACAUUCUGCUCUCUGCCAAAAGUCAGUGGCAUGAAACCCGGCAGUUCUGUCCAUUCUCAGUGAAAUAUUUAUUCCCUGAAAGGUCAGUUCUGGUUUUGCUUGUGCAAAGUAGGUCAUCAAGCCAUUAUGGUUGCCAACUGGCCAUUUUUAGAGCAUUUUGGGAGUUCUAGAAGCCUGUAGAAUACAGUGGUACCUCGGGUUACAGACACUUCAGGUUACAGACUCCGCUAACCCAGAAAUAGUGCUUCAGGUUAAGAACUUUACCUCAGGAUGAGAACAGAAAUUGUGCUCCAGCAGCAUGGCAGCAGCAGGAGGACCCAUUAGCUAAAGUGGUGCUUCAGGUUAAGAACAGUUUCAGGUUAAGAAUGGACCUCCAGAACGAAUUAAGUUCUUAACCCGAGGUACCACUGUAUAUAUAAAAAGAGCCAGUUUUGGGGUUGAGCAUUAGUGGGCUCCCCAUCCUUUUCUUAUGCCCCCCCCAUGCUUGAAUCUCCCCCAUUUGUGUUCUCCUUGGGCCAGUCACAGUCUCUCAGCCUAGCCUGCCAUAGAGGGUUGUUUUGAGGAUAAAAUGGGGAGGAGCUCCUUGGAGAAAAGGUAGGCUAGAAAUGUAAUAAAGAAAGAAAUGAAGUUACCUGAUAAAAUAUAAAUUGACACCCCUCUUGUGCUAGGGGAAGAGCAAAGCAGAAAAGCCACCUACGGGUUCAUGUUAAACCAUUUGCCUUGGGUUUCCAUGACCUGCAAAUGCUGCUAAUGCAGAAGUGGAGUGUGUGUUCCAGGGGUUUGUCACUGAUGUUCUGCUGGUGGGUUGUAAGUCCAAACUGCACAACACCUUACUUUAAGUUGACCUCCAUCAAUUGCACCAACGCAAUUUUUCAGAAAGAGAGAAAGCAAGAAAUAUAAGUGGAAAUAAUGAAAGAUGGGGGGAGGGGGAGGGGGAGAGAGAAACCGAGACAGAGAAAGAGAGAAGAGGUGGGAGGAGAGCAGUUGAGGAAGAGAAAGGGAUAAGACACAGGCUGCAUUCACAUGUUACUUCAUUCCAUUUUCAUUGUGUUUCUCCAGCUGUUAAAAGGUAAAGGGACCCCUGACCAUUAAGUCCAGUCGUGGCCGACUCUGGGGUUGCGGCGCUCAUCUCACUUUAUAGGCCGAGGGAGCUGGCGUACAGCUUCCGGGUCAUGUGGCCAGCAUUACUAAGCCGCUUCUGGAGAACCAGAGCAGUGCACGGAAAUGCCAUUUACCUUCCUGCCGGAGCGGUACCUAUUUACCUACUUGCACUUUGACGUGCUUUCGAACUGCUAGGUGGACAGGAGCUGGGACCGAGCAACAGGAGCUCACCCCGUCGCGGGGAUUUGAACCGCCGACCUUCUGAUCGGCAAGUCCUAGGCUCUGUGGUUUAACCCACAGCGCCACUAUGUUAUGGAUUAUUUCUGGAAAUGAGUACUAAGCUUGCACUGUAUCCCACUAUAGUUCCAGAAGUGGCUUUUAUGCCGUCUGAAAGCUCAUCUAUAAUGUGGAACUUAACAGUUAGGGAGAUGUCAUGAAAAUGUGCAUGCAGGGAGACACACACACUCACAUGCACAAACAAUGAAGGUUAAGUGAAAGGUAAGUUCUGGGCCUGCAAAGGCUGGAGACUCUUGCCCCGACCCUUUUUCCUCCUGAGAAGCAACUGGGUUUUCUCUCUCCCUUUUGUCAUGCAUUGUUGUCUCCUGUGCUGUGUGCUGUGGUCGGUCUGCUUUUGCCCAGCCGUGGAGCAUUUUUGUUCCUUUUCAUUCCUCUCCUUUAACCUCAGUUGAGGUAAUGAAUGAUCGCGGAGCUAAUGAGCGGGCCGGCUUUGUCAGUGUACGAGCCACGUAUUCUAAGCAAGCUUCUCCUCAGGGGAAUUCACUUUUGUCCUUAGGCGUUUUGUUGGCUCGAACGGGAAUCGUUUCUGAAAAGUAAAUUAAAUAGGUUUAGCUGCUUAUCGUAUCAAAUGGCUUACGGCCAGCAAGUGCACAGUAUUGGAAUGGAUUUUUGCCGGUAAAGGAAAUCUUCUCUUAGAUUUUUUUGCUUAGGUGCCGGGAAAUGGGUAAACAUACCUCACAGGAGCACAUAUUUUAAACAUAAACUGCCCCCAAAGCGUUGGUUGUAAGUAAAGAGGUCAGAAGGUCAGAAGGUGAAGGGUGGCUUUUUUAAAGAGUACUGUUGCUAAAGGGUUAAAGCACUAUCCUCUCAUACCUCCAUGUGGAUUUUAAAAAAUGAUGCUUCCCUACAGCUGGCACAGGAUCUUACUGCAUUGCAGCAAGUGUUGACCUGCCUGUAAAAAAAGAAAUUGUGUGCAGAAUGAUGGAGAGCCAGUGGAGCAUCUUCCUUGGACACGGCUGCCUUAGAUGCCUUCAGAGCUGCACAUAGCCAAGAACAAUUCAAAUUAAAGUGAGACUUACUUGCAAUGUAAUAAUAAUAAUAAUAAUAAUAAUAAUAAUAAUAAUAAUAUAUUUAUUUAUACCCUGCCCAUUUGUCUGGGUUGCCCCAGCCACUCUGGGUGGCAUAAUAAUGAUGAUGAUGGUGAUGGUCAUAAUAAUAAUAAGAAGAAGAAGAAGAAGAAGAAGAAGAAGAAGAAGUGACAAAACAUCAAACAUUAAAAACUUCCCUAAACAGGGCUGCCUUCAGAUGUCUUCUAAAAGUUGUGUAGUUCUUUAUCUCCCUGACAUCUGGAGGGAGGGUGUUCCACAGGGGGGUGUCACUACUGAGAAGGCCCUCUGCCUGGUUCCCUGUGGCUUCACUUCUCGCAGUGAGGGAACCACCAGAAGGCCCUAGGAGCAGGACCUGUUCUGUUGGAUACUUGGUUCGCGACUCUCCCAGUGGCGGUGCCUGAUUCCUUUUAUUCUGCAAAUGAAUGCUCCCAUGGAACAGAUUCAGUGUGUGGCAGGAAUGAUUUCAGUCAGCGGAGGCUUCUCCAUUAGGGCGAAUGGGGCACCCCUCAGCCAGCCCCCACUUGCUUGCCUCCUUACUUACAACCAGAGUACUACAGUGGUGCCUCGCAAGAUGAAAUUAAUCCGUUCCACGAGUGUCUUCGUCUAGCAGUUUUUUCGUCUUGCGAAGCAACCCUAUUAGCGGCUUAGCGCUAUUAGCGGUUUAGCGGCUAUUAAAGGCUUAGCGGCUUGGCUGCUAAAAGGCUAUUAGCGGCUUAGUGGCUUAGAAAAAGGGGGGGGAGCGAAAAAAAAUCUCAAGACUCGCAAGACAUUUUCGUCUUGCGAAGCAAGCCCAUAGGGAAAUUCGUCCUGCGAAGCGCAUCGAAAAAUGGAAAACCCUUUCGUCUAGCGGGUUUUCCGUCUUGCGAGGCAUUCGUCUUGCGGGGCACCACUGUACUCCCAUCAGCCCCAGCCAUGGCAGAUUACAACAAUUCCAACCUCAUUAUAAGUCCCAGGUUACAGUCUGAAGGCACACAAGGCCACCACCUUGCUGAAGCUAAGUAUGUCCAGGUAUGGUCAGUGACUGAGGCUGGGCGGAUGACUGCAUGGGAACUACAUCUUGGGUUCCAGGAUGGAAGCGUGUUGGGUUAUAAACAUAAUAAAAUAAUUUGCAGUUUAAAAAACAGGACAUACUAAGAAGCCAGAAUAACAACAUAAUAGGUCCAACGCACACAAGGUUAAAAUUCACUAAGAAACCUGGCCAAAAAAGUCUAAACGGCCUACUGAAGACAUCAGAGAAGGGCCCAUACUAAGAACUCCCUGCGAAUUUGGAAGGUUCAUAUUAAAAAGCAAACCAAAUGAAUUUCAUCUUUAUGCAUAAAUUAUAGCAGUUCUGUAAGCUGAGGGAACGCCAGACCAGUGAGAUCAACUGUGCUAUAGUGGCAGUACUUUCACACAUUAAUUUGAGUGGAUUGGCCAGUUUAUAUAUAGAUCUCUAGUAUAAACCAACUAGGAAAUGUGGACUUUGGGGGAGUAAGUGGACUGCUUUGUUCAGGGCAAAGCUUCUUAUAAAUCCUUUGCCUUUAUUUGCUUCUCACAGUAACUCUUGGUUUUUAGAUUGAGCUGUCUAAUGCUAAUGUAUUCUGCCAGGAGUGUUUGUGCUUUGGUGGGGCCAGUUUGGUCCCAGCCUCCCUUAUGAAAUCGCCAGUGUCUCUUUUCUAAAGUAAUUACACCUGAGGCUCUGUGCUGCGCGACACAGGGAGCAUGGUGCUGUCAUUUGGUCCUUGCAUGGCACAGUAAUCACUGCAUGGACACAUUGCUGAUUUCAUUGCUGGAAAGCAAUUUGUGAAAUGAAGGAAAUGCAGAAAAAAAGGAACAAUAGUAACUGAAAAAUCAGAGCGUUGACUGACAGCUGUUGGCUCCCAGUAUGAGUUUGUGUGGAUCACCUGGGCAAAACAGAAAAACCCGUGAAAGAAAUUAUAUUUCAGACUUAGGAAUGUAAAAGCGAAAGAGCAAAUUUCAGGGACGCAGUUCAUUAUGUUUAAACUAUUUCUAUAUUGCCUUCCAUUGUAAACACCAAAAGGUGGUGUACAAAAAGGCAUUAAUAUUUAUAUGCAGAAUAAAUGAAAUAACAGUCAACUUUAUGCCAAAACGGGCACAUCAGGCUCUUAUGAACAACUGGUAUCCAUGUCUAGCAAGGGCUGGAGAGAAUAAAUAAAUAGCAGUUGUCAGAAUGCCAGUCAGUGUCUGCUUUAAUUCAGAGGAGAGGUGAUCUGAAAGAGAAGCCCUACCAAGAGGUUGGGUAGAGAAAGACCAUAGCUUAACAGCGGAUGGCAUAGUGAAGUUUGCGCGGUGUAAACUGACUGGUGGAGCCAAUCUGGCAUUCCUGAUGGCGCAUUUGCACUUUGCAAACCUCCUCUCCAUCUCAGUGCGUUGCAGUGACUCAGCCGGAUGGAGGUCAGGUGGGCAAAGCAGCCCCACCACCAUCUGCUGCUGGCACAGCCUUUGAACAUACUCUACAAAUUUGAGUGUGAUCAGCAUUAGAGCCUGUUACACAUUUACUAAAUGUUUGGAAAUUACAAUUAACAGCACAUUUACUAUAACAGGAUUUCUUGCUAGUUUGCUAGAAUUUGGGUAGGGCAAUUGGUGGCAGGGAGAGAAAGACUCUUUCACAUUUUUUUCCACAUUUCUUACACGAAAAGUAGGACCCCUGCCCCUAUUAUUUCCACAAAUAUUUUGCCUCACUUAAAAGUAGCAUCUUACAGGUAAGGUAAAGGUAAAGGACCCGUGGACAGUUAAGUCCAGUCAAAGGCAACUAUGGGGUUGCGACGCUCAUCUCGCUUUCAGGCCAAGGGAGCAGGUGUUUCUUCACAGACAGCUUUCCGGGUCAUGUGGCCAGUAUGACUAAACCGCUUCUGGCGCAACGGAACACUGUGAUGGAAGCCAGAGCGCACAGAAACACCCUUUACCAUCCUGCCGCAGCAGUACCUAUUUAUCUACUUGCACUGGUGGGCUUUUGAACUGCUAGGUUGGCAGGAGCUGGGACAGAGCAACGAGAGCUCACUGCAUUGCAGGGAUUUGAACCGCUGACCUUCCAGUCGACAAGUCCAAGAGGCUCAGUGGUUUAGACCACAGCGCCACCCGCACUUACAUCUUACAUCUUAUGUAGUUGGGAUACUCGCUCACCAAAGCAGGAUAGGGUUUUUUAAGAGGCUAGAUUUUUCUCACAAGCUAUUUUGGAUAUAAGAAUUAUUGAAUUAUAAGUAAGUAAGUGAAUCAAAAUAGGAUGAAUUAAUUCCCCAUUCAGAUGCUUAAAUAACCUAGUAUUCUACAUACUGUGAAAUGGACAAUAUCAAACUACUCUUGUGCAGUUUAAUCAUCCAUGCCUUUGUAAAUUUCCUGGUAGACCAUGGUAAUAUAUUUUUCUGGGGCUGCCUUUUAGGACUCCUCAUAAAUUUGCGUAAUAAUAGAAUGUAAAAUUCUGCCGUCUAACACCUGUGGAUCUCAUAUUGUACUAGUGAUCAAGAAUCAACACUGGCUUCUUGUUACUUUCUGAUGAUAGCAAUUGCAGCCAUGGGCUUUAACUUGUCAAGCCCCAAAUGCCUUGGAUGAAAUAUAUUUCUCCACCCUGCCUAAGAUAACCAAGAGGACUGCAUCUUUGUAUUCAUGUAGAGUCUGUCCCUCAGUUAUGGAAGUUCCACAAGUCCAAGCUCCUUGCAGAAGUAAUAUAAAAAUUUUAACAUGUCAUUUUUUGGGUAGAUCAUUCCUGUGAGGUGCUGUCACUCUCUUAGUUUUGUUUCUGUUCGGUUUUAUCCUGUCUGUGCUUUUCUUGGUUACUGUUGGCUAUUUGGAAUCUUCUGAAUUGAAAGCAAUUUACAGAUCACCACACAUCAUACAGACUCAUGCUUUCGUUAUUUCGUUUUAUUGAAUGUGUUUUUAUACUGCCCUCCAAUUAAAUUUUUCCAGGUUAGUUUACAGUAGGCCAUAAAACACAAUAAACAAGAGCAAUUGGGAAAACAGUAAGUUAUAUUACUACAAAUAUGUACUAAAAACAACCACAAAAGAAAUAAAAAGACACACACCGCAGUUUAACAGAGUUAUGAUGUCCAGUGAAAUUAGCUGGCAAAAUUAUGCAGGAUUGAGAUGGGUCAUGACCUAUUCCUUCCCCCCUCCUCACCAAUGGCAGUAACUCAGGCAAUUAAUUGGCCACCAGGGAAUAUGACUUUGUGCAAUGAAUAUGCCACCUGACAGCCAUUGACCAAGCCUUCUGCAGGCCCGUAGUGCUGUUUACACUUCAUUCACUCUUUUAAAGAUGUUCUUACAGAGUGUGGCUAGGAGCUAAUUUAUUUUUCAUGAAGACAAUGAUUCCAGAGAACAAGAUAGGAACUUAAAUCAUGUCUGUUGCAAUGCAGUCUCCCAAAAGCGGGGGAAAGUGGUGAUCUACCAAAUAAUUCAAAAGGGUAGAAUGGAUUUUGGAAUCCAUUCAUUUGAGCUCUUGGUCUGUUGCCUGUUUUUGGCAGGGGUCGUGCAUGAAGAGAGCUUGUCUUUUUCAUCUUCCACGUAUGCUCCAGAGCAGGCUUCCUCAUCCUCGGCCCACCAGAUGUUUUUGGCCUACAACUCCCAUGAUCCCUAGCUAGCAGGACAAGUGGUCAAGGAUUACGGGAAUUGUAGUCUCAAAACAUCUGGAGGGCCGAGGUUGAGGAAGCCUGCUCCAGAACAAGGGUUACCAAAGUGUCACCAGUGGAUGCACAUGCACUUAAAGAGAUCUCCCCUGGUACUCACAGGGUCCCUUCCCCCUGCCUUUCCUCCUGGUUUGCAAAUGCAGCCAUUCACCCAAAAAGGUUGUCAACCCUUCCCCCAGCAUGUUCUGGACUUGGGUGGGGUGGAAUCCAUAAAAAGGGACCAAAGUUUAAUGAAUGGAGUGCAAAUUUCAAAGGUACUUUUCAUGUUUUGUUCUGGUUGGUUCUUUGAUUCCUUCCCUCUGCCCCUGAGGAAGAACUAUUGGGCCUAAGGUCAUUGAGGUAAUGGAAGUUCGUGCAGGUAGACGGGAAUUGUGGACCCAUGCCUAGAGUCAUAGUUCAGUGGUAGGGUACAUGCUUUGCCUAUGUCCCCACUGUGGAAGGAUGUGUGGAUCCAGAAUUGGCCUCCACAGUCACUUAUGGACUCAACUGUUAAAACUGUGUUUGUGGAAGACAAUCUUACUUGGCUAUGAGUGAUCGCCAAAGAAGAAGAUGAAGAAGACAUGCUUUGCACACAAAAGGUUCAAUUCCUAGCAUCUCUGGGUAGGGCUGGAAAGGACUCCUUUCUGAAAUCAUUGAGAACAUGUGUUAGUCAGUGUAGAAAAUGCUGAGCUAAAUGGAUCACUGAUCUUAUUCUGUACAUGUUUUCAGUCUCAGUGUCUAGGACUAUAACUUUAUUAAAAAGCUUCUUGAUUAUCGUAAUUCUGCAGCCCCUUUCCAUCUUCUCUUAGACCUUCAAGCUGCUGACCUGCUCUGUGUUUGACAGAAUAUUUAUGGAUUAGCCAGGAGUCUAUUAGCAAGAAAAAUGGGCAAUUUGGGGUUUCAUUUAGACUUACAAAUCAGUCACUGUCUGUAAUCAUAGCCAAUUAGGCUCCUUUUGUCAUCUUCCUCCAUUUAAGCCCCCCCACAACAUUUCUCCUACACAAAAUUAGAGAAAGUUCAAAGAAAGUAUCUUGCAAUCCUGUACACACUUCAUUGGGAGUAAGGGUGCUUCUAAAUGGGGGUUUAAUAUUGUAAACGGGUCGCUGAGAUACCAGAAAAGGGUUGGUCUUCUUGGAGUGGGAAUAUGAGCUGGCAUUUUGAUGAUAACAAUGUUGUGUGGACAUGACAAAAAAACUGGCUUGCAUGAUACUGAUUCAACAAUAAACAUCCAUACAGGGCCAUCUUACCCAUAGGUACUAAGGGUAUGGGGCACCUGGGCGCUGGGCUCUCAGGGGCUCCAGGCCAAGAGUCCAGGGACUGAGAGUUGAGUCAGGGAAGAGCCCACCCGUUGGUCAGAGCGCCAUGGCAGGCUCUUCUGCUGCCAGCGGCUCUGCACCGCAAAUUUGGGGGCAAUCGAGCCAGAGAGACGCUGAGGCGGCCAGUCGGCUCCACCCUCCUGCACACCUGGGAUUGGGCAACUUGGCAGGGGGGGGCACCGGGCGGAUCUUUGCACCCCAGCGCCACAUAUGCUUAAAACAGCCCUGCAUCCACAUGAAAUCACCUAAGUCACGUUUAUCUCAGUGCGACUUUUUUCUGUAUAGGAGUUAGUUCUCCUUAAAGAUAAAGAACACAAGCCUCUAUUGUCCUGUGUAAUUUUUCUAAAGAGAAAUGUGUUAGGGUUCUCUUUUAUUCUUCAAGAACCAACUUUCUGGUGUAGUAUCAGUUUGAGACUUGCCUCCCUUCCUGCAUGUGUUAAUAUGUUUUCGCUUAAAAAGAUUUGUAUACCUCCUCCUUGUAAUAAAACCUCUAAGUGGCUUACAAGAAACAUUUAAUUAUCAACAAAAACCAGUUGAUUUUUCUGGUGUAGCACCCCCCUUUUUUGUACCACUAGGUUUGUAGCUAUUCAGAUGCCUUUGUGAGCUUGUUUCUUACAUCAUGUUUUCUUCACAGAGCCAUUUGCACAGUGAGUAAUACACACAAAGUCUGUUUCAGAAGAAUAAUUAAAAACAACAACAACAACCCCACAGUACUUUUGUAGAAAAGAUCAAAUCAGACAACAGAUGGGAGCCUCAGGCUGGAAACCCUUCAAAGCACUCUGUCUAUCCCUCGGGACUCCCCCCAGGCCACCCCCAGUAUUCAGGGUAGGAUUAUUCUCAGGAGCCCCAUAUGUGGAAGCCCUGCACAAGGACUUCUACAUGUGCAAUGGGGCUGCCCCCCUCUGCUCCCCCUGCACACUUUCUGAACCCCCCAAUUGACUCUGGUUGAAAUGUGACUUUGAACUGUGAUAAUGCCUCUUGCUUGGGAGAUGGAAAGAUGGGGGUAGGGUUGUAGAAACCUCUGAUGCCUGGAAUGUAGCCUUUCAUGCAGAAGCAAAGGCCACAUCCAUGGCUCCACAUGGGAUGCGGGUGGCGCUGUGGGUUAAACCACAGAGCCUAGGAUUUGCCGAUUAGAAGGUUGGCGGUUCGAAUCCCCGCGACAGGGUGAGCUCCCAUUGCUCAGUCCCAGCUCCUGCCAACCUAGCAGUUUGAAAGCACGUCAAAGUGCAAGUAGAUAAAUAGGUACCGCUCCGGUGGGAAGGUAAACGGCAUUUCCGUGUGCUGCUCUGGUUUGCCAGAAGUGGCUUAGUCAUGCUGGCCACAUGACCCAGAAUCUGUACUGGCUCCCUUGGCCAAUAAAGCGAGAUGAGCGCCGCAACCCCAGAGUCGGCCACGACUGGACCUAAUGGUCAGGGGUCCCUUUACCUUUACCUUUUAUGGCUUCACACACUCUUGUCUUUGACUCCACCCACCCCGGGAAGGUUGUGCAUGAGAAAAUGCAGCCCGUGGGCUGAAAAAGGUUCCCUGUUCAACAAGCGCACACUGGUCCGUUUGGUUGUAAAGCUUCCCCCCCCCUGCGUUCUUAUUUGAGGAAGACAGAAACCACCCCCAUACUUUGAUGGAGUCCGUCCUUAGAGAUUGAACUAAAGCUGCCCUAAAUUAAUGAAGUGAAAAACGCUGUCACGUCGCAAGCAGAAUGCCAAAGCUGCCUUUGUCUGGGGUGCGCUGCUGUCAGGCAACUUGUUCCUGGAGGUGCACUGCACACCUUUGGCCGAGCAAACGCGUUAGGCUGGGCGAACCACAGAUGUGGUUCUUGUACUCUGGGUCAUGCCGCAUAGUGUGCUGCUUCUGGAAUGGAGAAGGCGAUGCAUCCUCUGGCACAAGUAACACCAGUUGAGGUGACAGCGUGCCAUGGCCUGCCUGUCACGCUGAGGUGUCAAUUAAGCUGAUUUAUGCCCUUCUGGGUAAAUAAACAGAAUGCUCUCUGCACUCUGAGAUUCUGCUAUGUAGCAAACAAAUUUUUCCCUGACACCACUGGGAACCUAGUAGAUAGACAUCCUAGUCCCCUUCCUCUAUAUUUUAGCUAUGCUGUUAACAUUUCCCAGCUUCUCUUUUCCCUGUUUAAGUAUCUAGAUUUUAGGGUAAUUAAACAUUCAAAGAGAAAUAAAUAACCAGAGGUAAUUAAAUCAUUUGAGGCUUUGGAUACUUUUGACCAACACGAGCCAUGCUGCACACAGAGAUCUCCCCCCCUCCCCUUGGCUCUCCACAUUGUGGGACCAUCGGCUGUGGGGAGGACUGCAGGGCCUGCUCCCUUCCAGGGCCUUUUCCAACUGGCCCAGGGGGCGUGGCCCAGGCCCUUAUUUGGAACAAACUUUUGGGGAAGUGUGGGAAUUGUUCUGCCAUUGCUUCCCUGAUCCAGGUGGUUAAUGUGCUUUAAAAUGUCCUCAAGCAGUCGGUGGCAAUUUAAAUUUUUAUUUCUUUUUUCCUUUUUUCCUUUGUUGGGGGUGGGUGGGAUGGAUAUUUGGUUGGGGAUUAAUUUUAGUAUAAUUGUUCUGUUCCUUUUUUUGUUCUUGUUUUAUUGGUUCUGUAUAGUUUGUGUUUUGUUUUAAGGGGCGGGAUCAGGGCUGCCUGGGAGUGGGGCCCCGGCCAACACGAUGGCUGGGACAAGUUCCACAGGGGGGAAAGCACUGGGACAUCCGAUCUCGGUGAUCAUGGGCAGGAGGCGGAGUUACGCUAAGACCAGACCAUGUCAUUACCGAGGAGGCAGGUUUAGUCGUUGUUUGAAGACUAUCCCUGCCUCCGGGUCUGGCCUUGACCGGAUGGAUAUUGGAAUCAACAGGGGAAACCCACAUGACCUGAAGGUGUUGCUGUGUAAUGCCAGGUCAAUGAUGAAUAAAACCACUGCCAUCCAUGACCUGAUUGUGGAUGGAGGAUUUGACCUGGCGUGUGUGACAGAGACCAGGUUGGAGAAAGCGGAUGGGCCUGUCCUUGCCGCUGCUUGUCCACCAGGUUUCUCUUACGCACAGCAACCCAGGUCAUGUGGGUGGGGAGAUGUGUUUGCAGUGAUUUUUAGGAAAUCACUAGCUUGCACCAGGCGUCCUACUGGGAAGAUCCAGUUCUCUGAGUGCAUGUUCUGGAAGUUGGGCAAUAGGGGCAGUACAGGAUUCCUUUUGGUGUACCGACCUCCCCGCAGCACCAAGGAUUCCCUGUCCGAGCUGCUUCAGGUCGUGGCGGAUUUUCUCCUGGAGACACCUAGUUUGGUUGUCCUAGGGGAUUUUAACAUCCAUGCUGACACGACCUUACAAGGGGCUGCUCGGGACUUCGUGGAAAGCAUGGCCUCCAUGGGGCUGUCCCUGAAUAAGUUUGGCCCAACUCAUAGUCAUGGACAUGCCUUAGACCUGGUAUUCACCUCUAGUGACGUGGGUGAUCUGACACUAAGUAAAAGUUAAACAAAAGAAGUGCCAUGGUCAGAUCACUUCCUGGUGCAACUGGACUUGUCCGCGACCCUUCCCCUCUGCAGGGAGAUGGGACCAAUUUGGAUGGUCCGCCCCCGCCACUCAAUGGAUCCAAAUGGUUUCCAAAGAGUGGUAGGGGAUGCUUUAUUCCAUGUUGAUGGCCUUUCAGCUGAUUCCCUGGUGGCCCGCUGGAAUGUGGAGUUAACCAGGGCUAUCGACUGUCUGGCUCCGAAGUGCCCUCUCCGAUUGCAUGGAGCCUGGACAGCCCCGUGGUUUUCUUUGGAGCUGAGGGCGAUGAAACAAUCGCUGAGACGGCUAGAGCGUCGGUGGCAGAAAACUCACUCUGAAUCUGACCGGACACAGGUUAGAGCUCAACGUCGAGCCUACCAAGUGGCGAUAGCGACGGCGAAGAAGACUUUCUUCACCGCCUCUAUUGCAUCUGCAGAAAAUAGUAGCAGGAGACUCUUUCAGGUGGUUCGCAAUUUAACGGAACCACCUUUACCACUGGGGCCUUGUAAAGACCCCAAGAUCUCAAAACGAUUUUGCAAAGUUUUUUGUAGAUAAAAUCACUCAUAUUCGGAAGGAGCCAGACACCACCGUGGGAGCAGGGCUGGGGCGGGAGAGUGCUAGAGCUCUGUCUGGUCAAGUUGCAUGGAAUCAAUUUCAAUCCGUUACCCCUGAGGAUGUGGACAGGCUGCUUGGACGCGUGAAACCAACCACCUGUCUCGUUGAUCCUUGCCCAUCCUGGCUAAUAAAAGCAAGCCGGGAAGGGCUGGGCGAUGGGCUCUGCGGGGUGGUGAAUGCUUCCCUCUGUGAGAGAACAUUCCCAGAUCCGCUGAAAGAGGCGGUCAUUAAACCACUUCUUAAAAAACCAUCUUUAGACCCGGCCAGUAUGGCCAACUAUCGCCCAGUCUCAAAUCUUCCAUUCUUGGGCAAGGUGAUUGAGCGCGUGGUUGCUGAACAACUCCAGGCACGCCUGGAGGAUGCGGACCAUUUGGAUCCCUUCCAAUCAGGAUUCAGGCCUCAUCAUGGGACUGAAACUGCCUUGGUCGCGCUGGUUGAUGAUCUCCGGCGAGCUAGGGACAAAGGUGAGAGUUGUUUCCUAGUUCUGCUGGAUCUCUCAGUGGCCUUUGAUACAAUCGACCAUAACAUCCUUCUGGACCGUCUAGAGGGGCUGGGAGCUGGGGGCACUGUUAUACAGUGGUUUCGCUCCUUCCUCCUGGGCCGUGUUCAGAAAGUGGUGGUGGGGGAUGAGUGUUCAGACCCCUGGGCCCUCACUUGUGGGGUGCCUCAGGGUUCCGUCCUCUCCCCCAUGCUUUUUAACAUCUAUAUGAAGCCGCUGGGAGAGAUCAUCAGGGGGUUUGGACUGGGUGUCCAUCAGUAUGCAGAUGAUACCCAGCUCUACCUCUCUUUCAAAUCUGAACCAGUGAAGGCGGUGAAGGUCCUGUGUGAGUGCCUGGAGGCGGUUGGAGGAUGGAUGGCGGCUAAUGGAUUGAGGCUGAAUCCUGACAAGACAGAAGUACUGUUCUGGGGGGACAGGAGGCGGGCAGGUGUGGAGGACUCCCUGGUCCUGAAUGGGGUAACUGUGCCCCUGAAGGACCAGGUGCGCAGCCUGGGAGUCAUUUUGGACUCACAGCUGUCCAUGGAGGCGCAGGUAAAUUCUGUAUCCAGGGCAGCUGUCUACCAACUCCACCCUACCUGCCCGCGGACUGUCUCGCCAGAGUGGUGCAUGCUCUAGUUAUCUCCCGCUUGGACUACUGCAAUGCGCUCUAUGUGGAGCUACCUUUGAAGGUGACUCGGAAACUAGAACUAAUCCAGAAUGCGGCAACUAGACUGGUGACUGGGGGCGGCCACCGAGACCACAUAACACCGGUCUUGAAAGACCUACAUUGGCUCCCAGUACGUUUCCGAGCACAAUUCAAAGUGCUGGUGUUGACCUUUAAAGCCCUAAACGGCCUCGGCCCAGUAUACCUGAAGGCAGCGUUCUGCCCGGAUGCUGAGGUCCAGCGCCGAGGGCCUUCUGGCGGUUCCCUCAUUGCGAGAAGCAAAGCUACAGGGAACCAGGCAGAGGGCCUUCUCGGUAGUGGCGCCCGCCCUGUGGAACUCCCUCCCAUCAGAUGUCAAAGCGAUAAAUAACUACCUGACAUUCAGAAGACAUCUUAAGGCAGCCCUGUUCAGGGAAGUUUUUAAUCUGUGAUAUUUUAGUGUAUUUUUUGUUUCUAUGGAAGCUGCCCAGAGUGGCUGGGGAAACCCAGCCAGAUGGGCGGGGUACAAAUAAUAAAUUAUUAUAAUAUUAUUAUUAUUGUUUCAGCACCAGAGUUGUACAGUGGUAUCUCGGGUUACAGAUGCUUCAGGUUACAGACGCUUCAGAUUACAGACUCCGCUAACCCAGAAAUAGUACCUCAGGUUACAAACUAUGCUUCAGGAUGAGAACAGAAAUUGCACGGCGGCAGUGCUGCGGCAGCAGGAGGCCCCAUUAGCGAAAGUGGUGCUUUAGGUUAAGAACAGUUUCAGGUUAAGAACGGACCUCUGCAACGAAUUAAGUACUUAACACGAGGUACCACUGUACUUGGUUAGAAUGGAGGGAAGACCCUUCUUUGUCUCUAUGCCAAGGCUUUGGAAGACCCUACCAAUAGAGGCUCACCUUGCCUCUUCUCUCUGAUGGUCUUUCAACACGGUGCAGAGACAUUUCUUUGCUGAGCUGCUCAUCCUAAUCUUCCUGAAGCUUUCCGUGAGACAUGAACGAUAUGCUGCCUCUUUCUUUCUUUUGCUGUUGCUUUCUUUUUGCCCUUUAUUGUUUGUCUGGUUUCGUGGGUUGUUUAAGCUGCAAGGCAACCUGGGCAUUAAUUUCACUUCUGCUUUUAAUAAAUAAAUAAUGGGAUUAGCAGGGUCAGGUCGGUGUCCCUCAUCGUUCCCUCAGCCUCAGGGCCAAACCUAAGAGGCUGUGAAACCUUAGAGACAGGUGAAAAAGGCUUUCCCAUGUAAACAAUCCUCUGCCAAUCUCUCCCACCCAAAUGCACUCGCCGUGGGGAAAUAACCAUUUCUUUUGUGAGCCAGAGAAUCAUAGUUUCUUAAUGCCAACGUGAUACCUUCCAGAUGUUGUGGAUUACAACUUCCAUUUGACGUAGCUAGCAUGGUUUUCAUGCACCAUCACAAUUCAGAUAUAAUUUUUUUUAAAAAAACAAGCCUGAAGAUUUUGUGAAUUUGCUCAUGUAAUAUUACUAUUUCGUAUGAAUGAAGAUGGAUGUAUGCCCUAUGCAACAUUACCAAAGAGGAAUGGUUGCUAAUCGCUACCUUAAAUAAGCAGGACUUAAAAUAUGAGAGUAGCACCCCCAAAGAGCAGGAUGAAGCCCCGUUCAUACAUCCACCUGUUCUACUAGACCGGCCAUCUAGUUAGACAUAGCAACUGCCUUUGGUAACUCUAUCCCUACGCAGUUUGUGUGACUGAGAGCUCUUGAAUAAAUGAAUUUAAUAGAUUUCGACAACUGGUACCAAUGCCAUGGUCUCUGUGCUUUCCCUCUCUGAUCCCAGGUUGCAUUCAUGACAUGGUCAGUGGUCAGGGAUGAUGGGAGUUGUAUUCCACAAUAUUUGGAGGGUUGCCACAUUGGCUACCACUGCUCUAUGCAACUAGGAAGAUGAACACAAUAAAUGCAUUUAAACAUGGCAGGAUACACAUUGAAUGCUUAGGCAGGUAAGCACUUUACCUGUGGUCUUCAGCAUGUCUGGUUCAACCCUCUCUUCCCCAUCUGCAGUAGUAAUGCUGGCUUGUUUUACUGGACUGUUGAGAUGAUGUGCAUCAAGUGCCUGCAAUGCUGUACAAAUGUUUUGUGGUGAUUUAAAUGGUUUGUGGUGAUGGUGGUGAUUAGAUAUGAAUGAGAUGAAGGCAUUACUGUGCUUUCUGAGUGUAUCCGUUCAGAUCUCUGUGCUGCACAUUUCCUCAGUGUGCUUUGGAUAACAGGUGAGAGGGGCAUAGCUCAGUGGCAGUACACAUGCACUGCGUUGUGAAGGUCCUGGGUGAUGGGAAGUACCUCUAAUGAAGAGCCACUGUCAGUUAAAGCAGAGGUAGAAUGGGCAAUAGGUCUGACCUGAUAGAAGCAGUUUCCUAGUUCCUAAGCUUCCACUGAAGUCCAGUUCCAGCUGUGCUAUAUUUCACAAUAAACUAUUCUGCGGGUUAAUUUUACUGUUGAUAUUUUUUUUCAGAGGCUCAUUAAUGCUACCAGUGCCGGAGUCAAUCCUGUCGGAGAUCCCGUUAACAGCAGCAGUCACUGGGACCUCGGAAGUGCCUUUUUCUUUGCUGGAACUGUCAUUACAACUAUAGGUAUGCAUUUAUAUAGUAUUUAAGGUGGAGGCAGAGAUGGAAAAGAGUGGGGUUUUUGUAGGGUUGUUCAUGUAGGCAAAGGGAUGCGGGUGGCGCUGUGGGUUAAACCACAGAGCCUAGGACUUGCCGAUCAGAAGGUCGGCGGUUCGAAUCCCCGCGACGGGGUGAAUUCCCGUUGCUCGGUCCCUGCUCCUGCCCACCUAACAGUUUGGAAGCACGUCAGAGUGCAAGUAGAUAAAUAGGUACCGCUCUGGCGGGAAGGUAAACGGCGUUUCUGUGCGCUGCUCUGGUUCUCCAGAAGCGGUUUAGUCAUGCUGGCCACAUGACCUGGAAGCUGUACGCCGGCUCUCUCGGCCAGUAAAGCGAGAUGAGUGCCACAACCCCAGAGUCGGCCACAACUGGACCUAAUGGUCAGGGUCUCUUUACCUUUUUUAUCAUGUAGACAAACAAUCCCGAUCAGUUUCUGCAUGGAAAAUAGGGGCAGGCAGCACAGCCCCACCACAAGCUAUCUUUCUGUUUUGAUUCUGCUCACAGACCACACACACACACACACACACAGAUCAACAAUCCAGUGCCCCUGGGCACCAUGGCACCCACAAAGGUCUUCAUUGGUGCCCCCUAGGCAGGCACCCCGAUACUUAGGUUUCUUUCUUUUUUAAAGCAGCAGUCUGGUCCUCCUAGAAAGAAAGUUAUGAAGCAAAAUGUGGAGGUAGCUUUCUAAGCAAUUUAAGUGACGUGAGCUUGCUGGCUACUCUUGGCUGUCAGUAUUUUAGCUAAUGAGUGAAGGCAAAGCUGUGAUUGAUAAGGGAGUUGUUUGGACACAUGGCAAUAGGAACUCCUUGGGGUCCUAAGAGCUGCUCUUCCCCCCUCUGGUCUUAUUAUUGGAAUCUCCCUAACCAUGUCUUGGUUUGCACAUCCAAGAAAAUGUACUAGCUCCUUGAGAGCCAGUGUGGUGUAGUGGUUAAGAGCGGUAGACUCGUAAUUUGGUGAACCGGGUUCGCGUCUCCGCUCCUCCACAUGCAGCUGCUGGGUGACCUUGGGCUAGUCACACUUCUCUGAAGUCUCUCAGCCUCACUCACCUCACAGAGUGUUAGUUGUCAGGGAGGAAGGGAAAGGAGAUUGUUAGCUGCUUUGAGACUCCUUAGGGUAGUGAUAAAGCGGGAUAUCAAAUCCAAACUUUUCUUCUUCUUCUUCCUAGCAAGCAGCUUGCACCUGCUUUUCUCCCACCCUGGGCUUCCUAGGUCAGCACGGGAUGACAGCUAAGCCAAGGUUUGAGUUAACAAUUCACACAUCUGUAGGUAUAUGUUUAUUGAAUUGUAGGUAGCUGCAGAGAUUGAAAACCAGAGUGCGAAUUGCAGGUUCUUGGCUCUUGGAAGAAUGAGCAGAGUGCAUUUCUCCAGGGGCUGAAACUUCAUCCUGCAUUCUGAACUUAACAAUGACAAGAGUGAGAGAGAACAAACAGAAAAUAAUAGCAUAGAUCGUAAUCCAAACUCUUGUCAUCUUACAAUUGUGCUACUGAUGUUAAUGCAGAUGGUGCUCCCUGUUUUGGCUCUGGGUUAUGAGGUGGUCUUUAGCGGGGGUAAAAUAAAAAUAUAAGUAUCUCAAUUAAAAUUAAUAUUGAAAUGAUAAGAGAUCAAGUUCAUAGGAAGCUCAGCUUCUGGAUCAAUAUGCGAAUGUACUGCAGCACUAUAUGUGAGGAUAGGGGCCACCUAUUAAUUGGGCGAAGAGCUGCAUGGCUGAUCUUGCUGUGUAUAGUCAUGCAACAUUCCCAACAAGGGAAAUCCUAUGCAAGUAGAUCUCUAUGCAUACAGACCUUCUGAGGAGCUGGGAUGCUACAUGAUCAGGUUUCUACUCUGAUAAGGACAUAAGAGGAGCCCUGAUGGAUCAGGCCCUGUUCUAGUCAUAUUCUUUCUCCUAGCUGCUGAUAUUCUGCCAGAGUCCACCCCUCCACCCCUUGUUAGGGCUGCUUUCUCUUUCCUGUUUGACUCACAUGGGUGAUCCAGUUCAAUCCAAUCAGAGAGAAUCUAGGGAAUUUAAUGUUGUUGUGAUGGUUACUGACAUCACUGAGGGCAACACCUAUUCAGAGUUCCUGGAUCGAACACUUCUGAGGACAUCAAAGCAACCAUUGGCUCAUUUUGCCCCACAGUGCCUCUCUGCUACUACUAUGCCAUGAUGUAGUAUCCUUUCAGAUCUAGUAUCCUUUCAGAUGUAGUGUUGAAGGGAAAUGCUGGCGCUAAUCCAUUUAAGAAGUGUGUAUGUGAGAGAGGAGAGAGUGAUGGAGGGACAGAGGGAUCCUACAGUCUUUUGCAGGGUUCAUGACAGAUCUAAUCUAAAAAGCUUAUCCUUUGUUUUGCUUGUUUCUGGGUCUGAAUAAUUCAUUCUUGGUCUGAUCUCUGUACAUGGCUGCAUGUUUCCAAUGUGAAAGUGCAUUUUUAUUGCCAGGCUGCAAACCGCUGAAAUGAAAUGGAUUUUAAUGGAGUAGGCAGUAAAAUGGUCUGAACUUUGGUGCUGUAACUAUACUUUUCAUUUCUGCCUCUUGUUUCAAUGAAAAGGGGUGAGUUGAGGAAGCCCAGCACAACAGAUAGUGAAGCAAUGAAGUCUGUCUAAGUGGCAGUACGUUGAUAUCAAUGAACGUCUGUUGGAUUAGAUUGUCUGCAUGUAUGGGUAGCUAGAAUAUAUAUAUAUAUAUAUAUAUAUAUAUAUAUAUAUAUAUAUAUAUUUGAGAGAAUGGGAAACCUCCAACCUGCAAAUCUAAAUAGGCCUCCCCAUUUGACACAACAAGCCAUUGGCUAACUGACACCCACCUGUCAUCGUAUAUGAUGUCACAUGUGGGGCAGGUGAAGAGAUCUGACACAACAGGGGUUUACAGGCACAGCCAGUCAGCUGAUCGGCAGCACCAGUAAAGCCUUUGCAAGCCCCAACAGUCAGCUGAGUGCCAAGUCUUGUGAAGCCCCUUGCAAAGUGCUAUGCGAUAUGAUGCUUUGCAAAACCCAACAGUCAGCUGAUUUUCAGAGCUCAGGAAGCCCUUGGCAAAAGCACUCUGAAAGAGAGGCCUUGUGAAGCCCCUUGCAUAGCACUAUCAAGUCAAUGUUGUUCCAAAUCCUUAUUGCAAGAAAUUAAAAUGUCUGGAUGAAUAAAUUUGUCUGAACUGCAGUGUAGUCACCAGGUGAACCUCUUUUUAGGCAAGGCAUUCCAUACCUGAAGAACCACUGCUACGAAAGCUCCUUUUUGUUGUUGUUAAAUGUACCUCUGUUAAUGAAAGCACUGGAGAAGGCCUUGGGCUUUUAAAAAGUAAAUUGCAAAUAUUGGAAGCUAUUUGCAUUGGGAAGUAGUUCCAAUUCACUGCAGACAGUGUGUGUGUGUGGUGAUCCUGAUGAGGGCUGGAUCUAGACGCAUCAAAAAAGCGAUUCAGUUAAAUGCGUUGUAAACUUCAUACAGGGAAAUCCCAUUGGCGAAAAAUGGGACUCCACAGCGCCAUCUGGUGUCGCAGUAUUAUAACGCAUAUAAAGCGCUUUGUCUUUAUGAAUGUAGGUGAGUCCGAGGACUGCAAUGGGAUGCAAAUGGCAAAUGAUUAAAGUCCCCUCCCCACAUUCCAGGUUCCUGAUGCAGAUCAGAAUGCCCAUACCUUCAGUUUGCUUAAAACUUGCCCACCAUUUGUGUAGUAUUGAUUGUGUAAAUCGCAUCACAUUUUCCUUGGCCUUCGUUGUAAACAAGAGUUUGGAAAUUAAAUACACCCUUGUGCAAGUUAAUUGAAACAAAGCAUGUUUUGUGUCUUACUCGUAAUCCUGUACUCAAAACAAACACAAAUAGUCAGUUGAUCAUUAUGGUGUCAGAAGCCUGCAGCCAAUAGAAGGAAUGAUGUGCUCACCACAAUAUAUUGAAGUUCUACGAAAGAGUGUUAUUCCAAAGCUGGAAAAGAGGUAUCCUGACGGUACUGGGAUAUUGCAGCAGGACCUAGCCCCCUGUCACACAUCAAAAGUGGUGAAGAAAUUCAUGACAGAGCAGCAAAUACAGGUACUUGAUUGGCCAGGGAAUUCCCUGGACAUAAAUCGCAUUGAGAAUUUGUGGGCUACACGCAAAAGUCACCUCCGUGCUGUAGACUGUACGACUAUGGAGAAGCUCAUUCAGGCACUGAUUCAAGUGUGGUACAGGGAUCCGAAAAACAACAGUGACUGUUCAAAACUAGUAGACUCCAUGACAAACUGUGUUCAAAUGCUUCUGAAAGAUAGCGGAGGACAUAUCCGUUACUAAUGUACGUAUAUGUGACUUUUGUACAUGUAUAUGUGAGUUUUGUACUACUAAGUUCAUUGUUUCAAUUGUUUCAUUUCAAUUAAUUUGCACAAGGGUGUACUUAAUCCAAGAAAAAAACUCCCUGAGUUAUCUGUGAGACAAUAGGCAAGUUUAAAACCUGCAGUUGUUCCUAUCAUGGCAGGACUGAUGUUGCUUUAAUCUAAAAGUUAGGGGACAUAUCUUGAAAAUCAAAGUCCUUGGACAAUGCAUGAAAAUAAGUGCUUUAAAAAGGGUGUGUGUGUGUAAGAAUGUCAGAUAAUCUCUUGAAGAUUCACAUAAACUGGGAAAUGUGGGGAGAGGGGUAUGUGUAAGAACUGGACAUUUCACUAGGUAUAAUAUGAGAUAAAGACUGGACAUAAUUCAGAACUCCAGCCUGAAAAUGUGAUUACUCUGUUGAGUCACACUCCCAUCAGGAGUCAAUUUGCAAAGGCCGUAUGCAGUAGCAUGACAAAGCAUGGCUUUCCUUUGGCUUUCCUUUAGCAAAAGUCUUGUAUCCUGCCGUGUUGACAAAAACGUGUUUCAGAUUAAUCAAAUGAUAGGUUUCAUUAGGAACUCAGUUCCAUGAAGAAAUGGUGGAAAUGGCGGGGUCUACAGGUUUUCAGGGCAAUUAACUCCUGAGCUGCUGUGAAUCCCAUUUAAAUGGAGGGCCAGGCAGUGGCCUGCUAUCCCAAAGUACUUCUUAUAGAGAUGAGCACAAUGUAUAGAUGGGUUCACACAAUCUCGCUCCUGUGGCUAGAUCCUGGCAAUAGCUCCCUCUGAUUGCACCAGUUCCUGGUGGGCAUUAUCAAUCAGAACUGUAUUUUGGCUUGAUUGAGGAAAUGUUUGUCCUGUGUGUUUUGUGUGAUGUCUGAAUAGACAUUGCAGUUCACAUCUCAAAUUAGAUCUGCUGGCUGGGAGGGCUCCAGGCUCUUCCCUGAAAUGGAUCCCCCAUUCAUUGGCACAUAGAUGCUAUCCUUACAUGUUUCCUCGGUCGGGGUGGCUGUGCUUGAACCAGCAGAAAAGGACCCUGUCUCUUAGAACUGCACUCCCCCAAUCAGGCAGAUUUCCAAGUACCCCAGUGAAUCCGCCAGUGCCAGUGAAUGAGGACCGUGAUUCAAUUGAGAGGCUGGAGUCAUUUCAGCCAGCAAUUGGGGAAGGACCACAGUUGAGUGGUAGAGCAUGCAGUAAGUCCCAUGUUCAGUCCCUGGCAUCUUUACAUAGGGUUGGGAAAGGAAGUGGCUUGUCAGGUAGGAAGGAACUGCUGUGCUGGUUUCCUGGCAGGUCGGUAGCUGUUGCUUACAGGAAGGGAGAGGGUAGGGAAGUCAGGAGGUUGGCACGGUGCAUCUACAUCUGCAAGAAUGCUGGAUUGCACCCCGUUGGUGCAUUUGCGCUACCUACCAGGAAGCUACCACACUGGCUCAACUCCAGCUGGCAAGCUGCUUCUAGCUGGGAUUGUAUCCUCUAUGAAGCCCAAGAGAGCCAUUGCCAGUCAGUGUAGAUGGCACUGAGCUAGGUGGACCAGUGAUCUAACUCAAUAUGUAAAGGUAAUAGGGACGCGGGUGGUCCUGUGGUCUAAACCACUGAGCCUCUUGGGCUUGCUGAUCAGAAGGUCAGUGGUUUGAAUCCACACGAUGGGGUGAGCUCCUGGUGCUCUUUCCCAGCUCCUGCCAACCUAGAAGUCUGAAAGCACACCAGUGCAAGUAGAUAAAUAGGUACUGCUGUGGCAGGAAGGUAAGCAGCAUUUGCAUGCGCUCUGACUUCCGUCAUGGUGUCCUGUUGCAGCAGAGCGGCUUAGUUAUGCUGGCCACAUGACCUGGAAAAAUGUCUGUGGACGAACACCUGCUCCCUUGGCCUGAAAGCGAGAUGAACGCCGCAACCCCAUAGUCACCUUUGACUGGACUUAACCGUUCAGGGGUCCUUUACCUUCUUUUCCCUUCUAACUCAAUAGAAGGUAGAUUCCUCUGUUCCAAAUUCCUGGCCACCUUGAUUUUCCCCCACUGUGAAUAUAUUUGAUUGCUUUAAAAAAUCUUCAUCUUGUUUGCUUCCCUGGUUGCCUUCGGGGAAAAGGGCUAGAUUAAAUCUAGUAAAUAAGUACCUGUGAAUAAGCACUUCAUAUUUGGAACAGAACUCUUGCUUUUGGGUAUUGUGCAGCUUCUUUUGGUGGGCACAAACCCAAUGUAACCUCAGAUGAGAUCAGAGAGGUUUGCAAGUCAGGGUCAACAUACCCAAUACCUGCAAUAUGUCCAAGGCCUGUGAAUGAACCAUGCUGCUUCUCCCAUUCAUUUAACCAGAGAUUUCUUUACAUGUGGGUUAAGUAAAGGGAUGUUUCAGCAUGUUGACAGUUCAAACAAUCACAAAAUGCUGCACUACCACACACUUCAGUGUCAUUCAGGUGAGGAUAAUGCACUUUGAGCAAAGUGCUAAUAGCUUCUAAAAGGGCUUCGGCGGAUGUGCAGUUCAGUGAGGAAGAGAAAGGAACAACGGUAAGGUUCCUUUUAUUUGCGUCAACGGUCCGCUUCUAUCUCUGUGCAGAAAUCAGUUGGGAGCCCUUCGUAUUCAUUUCCAUUACUCUUAUUUAAAAAGAAUUUGCUACAAUUUCUUCUUACCCAGGGAAUGGUUAAAGGUUCAGUUGGUAAUGGCUGCAAAAUUAUUUCUGGGUUGGUUUUAUUAUAUUAUUAUUAUUGAAAAGAGUACAACUAAAAAUGGGAAGUUUGAACCUGAGAAAUUUGUGUUUGAAAAUGUGUAUUGUAGAUAGGCAAUAAGAGAAUUUGGACUAGCUGUGGCUCCCUGUUGAGUACACUUGGUGACUAGUGGGUUUUUUGUGUGCAAUGUGUGAAAAGGCAGUCAGAUAAUCAGUAAUCAGGUAUCACUUCACUUUUAUUUUAUGGGAAGACAGCAUUGUGUCAUCCUGCUUCUUAGCAUGAUGGCUAUGUCCUGACUCCAUAGUUGGAGGCAGUAAUACUGAAUUCCAGAUGCUGGAAACCACACAAGGGGAGAGUGCUCUUUUGCUUGAAUCCUGCUUGUGGGUCUUCCACAAGCACCUGGGUGGAAUCUACACACAUAUAAAAACCGUUCUGAAAAGCAUUUUUAAAAAUACAUCGAAUUUUCCAUAAGGCUCACCAUUGCCAUCUAGUGUCACAUUGUAUAUUGCACUUAAGACACACCUAAAACCAGGCAUAGGCAAACUUGGCCCCCCGGAUGUUUUGGGACUACAGCUCCCAUCUUCCCUAGCUAACAGGACCAGUGGUCUGGGAUGAUGGGAAUUGUAGUCUCAAAACAUCUGGAGGGCUGAGUUUGCCUAUGCCUGCCUAAAACGUUUCAUUUGCAGCUGUAUAACUGAGUCCCUGGUUAGCCACUGUCAGAACAGGAUGCUGGAUUCGAUGGGCCAUUGGCGUGAUCCAUCAGGCUCUUCUUGUGAUGUUCCAGUGGCGUUAUUCCUUUUGAGGAGUUGCUAACAUAAGCUGGCAUUUAUUGAAGUAGAAUCCAUUGUAAUUACCGUAAUUAACAUGACUAAGCUAGAUCCACUAAUUUCAAUUUCUGCUGUGAGUAAAACUUUGUUGAAUGCCACCCAGACAUCUUUAAAAUAUGCUGGAACAAUCUCCACAUGAUCAUCAACAUCAGAUGCCAGUAUCUGACUGCCAAGAACUCUUAUCCGUAUCUCAGUUCUACUUUGUCAGUGAGGACUCAACCACCACUCCUUUUGUUUUCGUUCAGUAUUUUGAUAUGUGGUACAUGUUGAAUAGGUUAGAAAAAGCUUCUCAAUAAAGUUAACAAUGGAAACAAAAGAAAUAGAGUGCUAACAAGUUUGUUUUGUUUAUGGGAUUCACAUCAAGUUGAACACUUGUGCAGAUGUACAUAAUGCUGGAAGUUCAGCCCCACAGGGUGUAUAAAUUAAGGCAAGGUGUAUGCAAGGCUCUCCACACCCCAUUUUUAUUCUCUUUCUGGCAACACAAAGCAAGUGAGAUACUAAAAACUCCAAGUAAAUCAUUGCAUGUGCAGAAUGAUUUUUGUGAAUGCAACAGAGGUUCUUCCACCUUUGCAGCUCUUGCACCACCCACAAAUGUGCUCCAGAGGCUUGGAGAAAUUCCUAGAGCAGAUCUGGGGGUGCGUGGUUGGAAGAGAGGGAGGGGAGGUUCUGUUGCAUUUGAGGAACUCAUUCCACAUGUGCAGUGUAACUGGAUAUAACCUCACGAGCAGAUGUGGGGCAAUGGAAGUGGGAAAUUCCUCUUUCUUUGUAUACCUUCUUUGUUAUUUAGCAUCUCUCCCUUUUUCAUUUCCUCAAUGACUCUUCAGAUACUGAUAUGAGAGAUGAUGGUGAUUCUCUCUCUCUCUCUCUCUCUCUCUCUCUCUCCAGGGUAUGGAAACAUUGCCCCAAGCACAGAAGGUGGAAAAAUUUUCUGUAUUUUGUAUGCCAUCUUUGGGAUUCCACUCUUUGGCUUUCUGCUCGCCGGCAUUGGUGACCAGCUUGGGACCAUCUUUGGAAAGAGCAUCGCACGAGUGGAAAAGGUUUUUCGAGUAAGAUUGAAAUGGUUUUAUCUCUUUUUAGUCUUGAACCCUAAUGACAGGUCAUACAUAUGGCUAGAAGAUUUUGGGUGGCAAGACACAGUGAGAAUUAGGUAUUAAAAACACUUCUUGCGUUAUAAAUAUGCCUUGAAAUUUUGGGGAAAUGGGUUUUUUAUACCUCUCCAAAUGCAGUCAUCUUCAUAACUGCUGAUAUAUAUAUCAGGAGAUGAAUGAAUUUGGAGUGCUUGUAGACUAGAAGAGAAAAUAGAUACAGUGGUCAUAUCAGAACUGGUGGCCCUGUGAAAAUAUCUGGCUAGAAAACCUAUAUUGAAAAAUCCCUGGAUAUAAAACUUGUAUGAAAUAGAUCCCUGGGUAUAAAACGUGUAGAAAGAUCCAAUACUGGUGUUAUAUUUAUUUUAUUUUAUUUAUUUAACAAAUCUGAUAUACUGCUUGGUUGUUAAAAAAAGAAGAAGCCCAAAUUACACGGAAAAAACACCUAAUGAAAGCAAACAAGUACAUGCUUUAAAGAGUGACUUACAUAACAUACAUAAUGAGCUACCCUUGCAUUGACCUGGUUUGCACGUAAUGCUAAGCCAUGGUUUAUUCAAAUACAGUGUAUUGAACUAUGGCUUGUUUGGUACUUCAAACCCUGUCCAGUGACUUGUAUGCUACCAAGAAACCAAGCUCUGAAGACAUGGUUUGUUUUUAGCUUAUAAGCCUUGGUUUGUUUUAACUAUGGCUUGGUGUGUACGUGCAAACUUGCACUCUUCUUUAAUCAUGGGUUGUGUGACUGUCCCACCCCAGAUGCCCACCAAGCUACAAAGGCAUGAGGCAAGAACAAUUGGAAAAGAAACAAAACUUUGGAGAAACAAGCCAUGAUGUGGUUGCCUGUAGAAAAAUGCAUGGUUCAGUUCUCAUUAACUUGUGGUUUGUUAAACAAACCAUAGCUUUGCAUCACGUGCAAAGCAGGUCAUUGACUGUUAAAAAUAACCAUACAGACAACAAAAUGUGACUUCUAACAGCUCAUCCCCAUAAUGUCAACUUGGAAAUAAAUUCCAGUGAGUUCAGUGGGACUUACUCCCAGUUAGGCAUGUAUAGGAUUGUGGCCUCAAUAUAUACAAAACAACAUAUGACAAAAUGUCUGGAUGCAGCAAAUGAUUGUUUCUUAACAGUCACGUGAACAAAAAAUAGAGAGACAACGCUUGCUUUAAUCCUGAGUGGCACCUGGGAUCUGGUGCCAGAUUAUUGCUAUGCACCACAUGAGUCUCCGAGUAGUGAGAGACUCCAGGGUUCCUGUGCUUACCCAAUUUUGGUUUCCUUGGAAUGAAGGUCAUUGGUGACUGUGGUGUCUUUAAGAUACAGUUGUACCUUGGAAAUCAAACGGAAUCUGUUCCGGAAGUCCGUUUGGUUUCCAACAUGUUUGGAAACCAAAGCACGGCUUCUGAUUGGUUGCAGGAAGCCCCAUAAGCUCCAUUGGACGUUCAGCUUCCAAAGAACGUUCACAACCUGGAACACUCACUUCUGGGUUUGUGGCGUUUGGGAGCAAAAAUGUCCGAGUACCAAGGCGUUCGGGAUCCAAGGUACGACUGUAUAUGGUUUUAUUGACACACAUAUACAACCUCAGCAUUAAAUGGAGGGACUUGUAGCAUCAACAACCCAAUGGAUUUUGCUUCCCCAUUUGGUUUCCAGGGAAGCCCUGAAAUCCAGCAGAGAGCAAGACAUAUACCUGCACAGACACACCAAAAACAAAACAACAACAACAAAAAACACUCUUGUUCUGUGUAGAAGCUAAGUGAGGGAAAGCCCACCCAUUUGUUUCUAUAGCACAGGGCAGCUUCUUCGGAUAGGCUAAAUCAAGGCACUUAACUGUAAGUAGCCAGCCAAAGCCAUUGCCUUGACAAAGGAACUGGUUCUGUAAGCUUCCCCUUUUACAUUCUAUCCUCAGAGAUACAGGAUUGCGGGUUUGGAAGGGGACUCAUGGUGGAGGGCAUCCAAACUAUGUUCCCUUAUGCUCAUCUCAUUAUAAAGGAUGUUGAACCACUAGGAAACAUGGUCUCUCAAGGCUCUUUUUUUCUUAGGAAUGAGGAGUUAAAACUGCUUUUCUUUGAGUGAUUUUUCUUAUGCAACCCAAGUUGGACUUUUCGGAUUGAAAGGGUAUCUGUGACAACAGGGUAUCAGUGCCAUGUUUUGCCAGGAUCUACCCCUUCCACUUAUCUCUGCUGGACUCCAAGGCAGUCCGCUUUUCAGUCUGCCAGGCUAUCACUAUAGAUAAUUUAUAAAUGCUUUUAAAACCUACAAUACUUUGAGAUCUGCGGAUGAAUACACUUCCUCUUUCCUCCUUUUGGCACAGCUCUCAGAUCCCAUGGGACUGUCUCCAGAACCAUAUGCAAAUUAAUAUUAAUCAUAUCCUCUAUUAGGAUAUUUUUCUAAGUCUGCAGAAGGAAUUUGCCUGCGGGUUGGGGUGGUUGGGAGGAAGUGACUCUCCAGAUCAGGUACUGGGAUGAACUCCAGCAUCCCCUGACUUAAGCUAGAGGACCCAUGAAAAGAGCAAAACUCUAGUUUCUGUGAAGUUAAUCUUGACUGGGACUUGAAGAAUCUCCCCUACUGAGCUCCAACUAAAUCAACCGUGUUUCUGUAAAGCUCUAAGUAUGUAGAAAUUGCUUUUGUGCUAGCUGUAGCUUAUAGUCUUCUCCUUUUGAUGUUUCCUGUUUGACCCUAAGGGAAAUCAGUGUACUAAAGGAUUCUUUUUCUUUCUUUCUUUCUUUCUUUCUUUCUUUCUUUCUUUUUAAAUAAAAAAAUAUUUAAUUUUUCAGUUUAAAAUUUUACAAUCCAUUAUCCAACAACCAACAUAAAAACAAGAUUCCAAAGAAUCUCCAGAACUUCCCUCCUCCCCUUUGUGCUUCCUUUUGUUAACCAUUUCCUCCCACAUCUUUUUCAUCUCAAUUAUAUCCAAAAUUCAACAUGAAACUACAAGUGUUAUUCCAAUCCUACUAAUGAUUUUAGCUGUUUACAAUGGUUUUUAAAGAUACAUUACAGGUAUGCAUCUUCCCCAUUCCUUAUUAAAAUUUUGGUCUUCCUGAUUUCUGAUUCUUCUGGUCAUUUUUGCCAUUUCGGCAUAGUCCAUCAACUUAAUCUGCCAUUCUUCUCUGGUAAGGAGUUUGUCCUCUUUCAAUCUCUGGGCCAUUAACAUUCAGGCAACCUUCCACUCAUUCUAGUGGCCUGCACAAAGUCUCUCUCUCGCACUCAAACAACAUGAAACUGCGUUCCUGCUUGCGUGUCCUCUAACUUGUUCCAUCGCUAUGCAGUGGAACUGACUUGGACACAAACCUUGCUCUAACUCUGCUGGCUGAUGAUGUGUGCGUGUGAGAAGGCUUGUUCUUUCUGUGCCGAUGGGAUGUGCUCCACAACUUGGAACUCUUCCCAAGCAAUUUCUUCUGUGAGCAGUUCGGUUGCUCGCUGCAGCAACAGUACUUUUAGCAGUUCUCCUGGAGCAUAACUGGGAAAAGGAGAAGGGUAAUUUCUCCCACAGGAAUAAAACUAUAGUUCAGCUUUAGCUGAACUGAAUUUGAAAGGGCUAAAUUUGGUUACACCACAUUUUGCAAACACCUCCGAAUGUUCUAAUUGCACACAGGCUUCAGAACUGCUGAGAUAAUAAUUUAACCUCUUUAAGGUGAUGUCCAGAGGUAUUCUGCUCUCGUGCUGCGAACAUUUUGAUAUAUGAAGUUUAAAUUAUGUUUGAGUCUCUCUCGUACCGUUUAUGGCAGGCAUGGUCAAACUUGGACCUCCAGCUGUUUUGGGACUACAACUCCCAUCAUCCCUAGCUAACAGGACCAGUGAUCAGGGAUGAUGUGAACUGUAGUCCCAAAACAGCUGGAGGGCCAAGUUUGGCCAUGCCUGAUUUAUGGUAAUGUUAAAAUGGAAUGGAAAAUCAAAGGGAGGUGUUUGUAUUUUCAGAUGAGAAUUCUGGCCAACCUGGGCUUUGCAUUCUUAUUAGAAACUCAACUGAAUCAAAAACUGCUUUAAGCCUCAGGGCCUUUGGGGGGGGGGAUAUAAACCAUGGCUGCAGGUUAAAAUCAAACUGAAUCCAAUUUCAGCAGCAUUAUGCUGUUGGUAUAAAUAGCCCUCAAAGCAGUGCUUUGUUUGACUGCCCUGUAUGAAUGUGUUAUUUCCCUCUUAACUUCCUUAGUUUACCAAAAUGAUCAGUUCAGGUUUCAAAGGAUAGAUACAAGUUGGAGGCAGAGAGGUAGUUCUGAUAUUAUUAUUAUUAUUAUUAUUAUUAUUAUUCUGCCGUUUACCCUAAGUUCCCAGAGCAGGUUGCAAUAAUAAAAAAGAACAUUAAAAUAAUUUAGAAACUUAGUUACAAAAAAUGUGCACAAACCUUUUGUACAAACAAACAUGGACACCCUUCAUUCCUUUCCUGUGAGCUACCUGCUUAACCAUGGUUUCCCGUUUCAUCCAAACAGGAAUGAAUUGUGCUUCUUAAGCUGUGAUAUCCAUGAACUGUUUGCUCAUACACAGAACCCCUUUGUUUGAACUACAGUGAAACUAUAUAAUUAACCAUGUUUUCUUCUUUCGUCAAAACCAGGAAAACUAUGGUUGCCAGCUUCAGAAUAAAACAGAUCACUGAAUCAAUUUCAAACUGUGGAUUAAUAUCCUGGCUUUUUCCAUGGCUGGUAACCAAAGCUCCGAGGGCCUUCUGGUGGUUCCCUCCCUGCGAGAAGUGAGGUUACAGGGAACCAAGCAGAGGGCCUUCUCGGUAGUGGCUCCCAUCCUGUGGAAUGCCCUCCCAGCAGAUGUCAAGGAAAUAAUGAACUAUCUGACUUUUAGAAGACAUCUGGCGGCAGCCCUGUUUAGGGAAGUUUUUAAUGUUUGAUCUUUUAUUGUGCUUUUAAUAUUCUGUUGGGAGCAGCCCAGAGUGGCUGGGGAAACCCAGCCAGAUUGGUGGGGUAUAAAUAAUAAAUUACCGGUAUUAUUAUUAUUAUUAUUAUUAUUACUACUACUAUUAUAGCUUCGUGUUUUUGAUGAAAGAGGAAACUAUGGUUAAUGAGCUGCUUCAUGGCUGAAGUGUAAAAGGGCUCCAUGCCUGAGCAAAAGGCUCAGGCAUAUUGUUAUGUACUGAAGUUCUCACCCUGGGCCAGCAGGGGGAUACUAUAGAUAGUUGUGCAAAUGAAGGAUCGAAAGUGACGUUCAGUGAUUGGAUAGUUUUAGAAAGUUGCUACAGUUACGUUGUUCUGGAGCUCUAUAUAAGCAGGCUGACUGAGCUCUUCAGUUCAGUUCUGUUCCAGCUUACAAAUAAAGAGCUGCUUUGGAAGAAUCACUGUGUCAUCUGAUAUGUUCACCCACAACUUAACACAUAUGACAGUGUAAGAAGCUGAACACUGUAUGUGGAUAGAGUUGUUAUUUAUUUUAGUCAUUAGAUUGCACUGGGUGGAGUCAGGAAUUCCUGUGUCUUGUUCUGUUCCUGUGGGGAGCGGACGAUUGAAUAUGUAAGCUUUGGAAGAUGCUCCAAAAGUGCUGCUCACUAGACACAAUUACUAGUAAAAUACAACUUCAUAUACUAUCACGAUUAGUACCACUUGUGCAUAGCAAUUUCAUGCUUAUAUGAGUGGUGAGACCACCACAUCAUUUCGGCUGCAUUCAGACAACAUUCCAUUCUGCUUUCCUGGUGAUUUCCUUACCUGAUAUUUUUUAGCAGUGUGAACUGCAUUAUUCUGUGCAGGCUCCUCUAGAAUAUUAGCUAUGGAGAUGUUGCAAACUGUUGUGACUUCAACUCUUAAGAAUCUGCUCUCGUUGCUUUAGAAAGGUAGGGUGCUGCUGUUUCAAAGACACGUGGGUUUUGUUUUGCUUUUAAAGUCAGUGUGAUAUGGGGAUUUAGCUGCAUGCCUCCCCACUAAAUGUGGUGUUUAAACACUCCACUUUAAAUCUCACUGCAAUGGUUUUAUGAGUCCAAACCAAUUAUUCCCAUCACAUGGAGCUGGGAAACAAGCAAGUAUUGAAUGUGCGAUUAAGAGUUUUCUGCACUGCUUGCGUUAUCUGGGCCGCUCUGUGCGAAAAGGACAGUUUGAUAUUGAGGCUACCUCUCAGAUCAAGGGUAAAGAUUUAGUCACAUUUUCCAAACACCAGAGCUAUAUGCUAGCUAAAUCACAGCCUAACUGGGCCAAUGAUCAUUAUCCCCCUUUCCAUUGCUUGCAUUUUGCACAAAAUCACCAUGGUGAGUAGAAACAAAAGAAUGCUGAAAAACCAGCACUUUAAAAAUGCCUAACAUUAGUAAAGGUGAAAUGAAUAAAGACUUCAUUCAUUUUUCCAGCAUGGUUAUUUCUAAUCAAGAUCAAUGCACACAUUUCCCUGUUAGCUUUCAGCCCCUUCCCAUCAUUUGCUUUCCCUUAAAUGAAGCGGCCACCUGGAGAUUAAAAUGUAUAUAUGUUGGGUCCUGAAUGAUUUUCACCUGGGCUGGAUCAACACAUUUAACAGAAUCAUAAAAGGGAAAUCCCAGGGGCGAAAGACGGGACUCCACAGUGCUAUCUGGUGUCACUGUGUUAUAACACAUAGCUGUCAACUUUUCCCUUUCCUUGCAAGGAAUCCUAUUUGGAAUAAGGGAAUUUCCCUUAAAAAAAGGGAAACAUUGACAGCUAUGCAUGUAAAGUGCUUUAUUUUUUACGAAGGUAGCUAAGCCCCUGAAGUAAAUGAAAGGGUAGAAAACACAAGACAGAUAGUCUUUGAGUUAAACAUAGUUCUUUUCAGUUAGACCCUUCUCUAAACAUUGAACAACAGGAUACUGCCCAUUAUUAGCAUGCAUGUGUGUGUGUGCAAUAAUUGAGAAUGGUGUGGUUGUUUAGUAGAGUCUAUGACUCACCUGAUGUUGUUCGUGCCAGCAAUGAAAGUGAAAAGCUGCAGUCCAUUACCUCAGAAGAUUUGUGCACCCCAUACGGCGUUGGCAUCUCUAGGAGAAAAACAAAAGGGGGCUGAGAGGUUGCUUUUGUAAAGAAGGCAAACCAUCAAUAAUACAUAUUUGAAUUUAGCAACUGCAGUCUUUUGGAAGCAUGGUCGAUUUUAUGGGAUUGCAGUUGCUUCAUAUUUUAGUGCUUAUACUGCAUUAUGUGUUUCUUUGGAUGAGCAGAAACCAGAGUUGGACACAGCAGGGGGUAAAAUAAAUUGUGAGCACUUCUCUACCUGUCAGCAGUAAGAUCCCUGUCAAACUAAGGCUCCCUCUUGCAUGCUUUGUUAUUCAUGUUUUUAGCAGGUUAGGUGCACUGCGCAGACAGUGACUACCUCCAAAAUGAGGGUCUGCUUUGGAGGGGAGCUUGGAAGAAGGGUAGGCAGAAGGUAGACUGGGAUCUACUGGUAGAUUUCCAGAUGAUUUGCAAUAGAUCAGCCUGGGUUUCCAACUACCAAGGUUUCAAAAACAGCAACACUUGGUCGGGCUUUGGAGAUAUCCUGCUUUGGCUUGGAAGAGGCCCAGAUCUGUCCAAAGAUCUUGAUUUGGAAUUUGUCUGAAUUCAAGGCACAACCCUACAGGGAACCGCAGUGGGUACAAAAAGCUGCCCACUGCAGUCUCCUUUUGUGACAGAGGGGUUUGUGGAAUUAUUGCAUUUGCCCCCAUUGCCUCCCCUAUGUGUUAAUUAAUAUUUUAAAGGAAAGCCUGAAGAGAACUAGAGAUACAGAUAUAUCGCACGUCGUGGAUUUGAUGGGCUGUUUUUUUAUUGGGUUAUGUUUCCCUUGUUCAUUUGAUUUCUUCAAAGAUAGACACAGAGCAGACAUAUAACCAGGAAAAUUACAGGAGGGAAUAAUAACUUGCAGUCUUAGAAGCAAAAUUGUGUUGCUGAGACCUCUGGGAUUAUUAUUCUGCCCCCCUUCCAAGCUGCUACCUGGCGAUUGACUGCAACAUUUCACAUUCAGGUGACCUUUUCAGAGCUCAGGAAAUGCAGUUUCAGCUUCUUCAGUCCAGAGCAAUGGAGAUGCUCGUUGGCAGGUGGGAUUGGUAACUGCCAAUUUUGCAGCUGGCAUUUCCAUAGGGAAUGAGGUAGAGAGAGUUUUCUGAAACCCUAUUUCCUUUCUAGGUGAUCUAAUCUGAAAUGAGAUCACAGCUCUGCAUUAAAGCACAUUCCUGGUUUGAAAAAACCAGUUGGGAAGCAUGAGAGGAACAGGCCUAAUUCUCACUGAGGUGGUAUGUUUUUGUUUUGAAUUUCAUUUGUAACCUACCUUUCUUCUGUGGAACUCAAGGCAGUUCUUAGAGUUACUAUCCAAGCACUGACUGGACCCAGACCUGCUUAGAUUCAGCAAGGUGGUGGCCUCAUGUGCCUUCAAAAUAUGUGGUAAAUCACUGCCAAAUGGGCUCUUAUAAUUGAAUGUUCUCUCCCCCCCACUCUUGCCUGGAACUCUAUCUCAAAUUCUAGUUGUAGGGUAUUUCUCUUAUUUCUGGACAAUUCCAUCUCACGAUCCAUCACCCCAGAGACAAGUGGAACAGCCAAGGCACUAUUUCAUCACCUCAGUGGGAACUAGGCCAUGAGCCAGCCAAUGUGAGGCACUUCGAUAUCUCCUUGAUUUCAAUGAGAAAAUUGAAAAUAUGUGUUAACUCUCUCCAAUUAAGGUAGCUAUACUGUAAUCUUUCUUCCCACUCCUUUAUACCUCACCAUGGCACUGUCAUAUGUGUGGAGGAAAACCUUCAACAUGUAGCAGAGUUCCCAAAAAUAGACCAGAGGCAAUUGUAUUUCACCCAGCAGAGCUUUACUUGUGCUGAAGGCAAAUGAACUUAUUCAUGAUUGGCACAGUCUAUAAAAAACCCAGUUGCAACACUUACAAAAAUGUGUAACAAGACUAAAACUUAACACUAAGCAUACUAUGUAUAGAACACCACACCAAAAGGAAGAGAUAUAAAGAGAAAGUAAGGCCCAGGCUCCUUCUGGCCUAUAUUUAUAGUCAGCAUGACCUUAAUUGGAAGAUAUAAGGGAACUAGUUCAAACCAGCUUCUCAGAAGGUAUAACCCAAACAAUCAUGAAGCUUCUGUCUGCUUCUCUCACUCAGAACCUUCUAGUAGCUUCUAGAAUCCUCUUGUAUUAAUCAGAAUAGGAAAGAUCUCUACACAUCAGCCAAUACUUUAUGCACUAAGAAAUGCAGACUGACAUAGCAGUAGUGGAAUUCCUUGCAUGGGCUUCCGCUAGCAGGACCAGUUAGGAGUAUCUGGGCCACAGGCCUGUGUUGCAUUUGUACAUUCGGCAUUAAAUUGCAAUGCCAUAAAAUUUACCGGUACUUGAUUUUUAUUGCCUUAUCUUUCUGUAGACUGCUUUGAAGUGCUCCCAGGAAAAUGAUUCAUUUUCUCUUGGUUUCAGGAAGCAGUGCAUUAACAAUCGCAAAUAAAGUUUUGAUUCCAUUUCAUUUUCUUUUGCAGAAGAAACAAGUGAGUCAGACCAAGAUCCGGGUGAUUUCAACCAUCCUCUUCAUCCUGGCUGGUUGCAUCGUCUUUGUCACUAUUCCUGCAGUCAGUUUCAAAUAUAUUGAAGACUGGUCAGUUCUGGACUCCUUUUACUUUGUGGUUGUCACUCUGACCACAGUUGGCUUUGGUGAUUUUGUGGCAGGUGAGGCAUGUAAUUUGGCCUGGUGGUACAUUCUGGGGGAAGAAGUUCUACUCUGCUACUGGUGUUUGGAAAUAGACAGUACUUUGCAGAAUUUGUUUUGAUUCCCUCCCCUUAAAUUUAACUGUAAUGCAAUCCAGUUGAGGGUAAUCAGGUUGGAGGUCAGACACUGGAUCAGGCAAAGAGUCUGAUCAACAAGAGUCAAGGGCCAGAGGGAAGUGAUAUGGUCAUGGAUGGGCUAGUGGGCAGAUCCCAAGGCUGAGCAAAAAAGGCUCAACAACUUUUGUGUCUGGAUUUUCACUUUUUGAAAUAUGGCAAUUCCUAGCCUUCAUUGGUUCCUCAGGUUACCAGUGCCCUUUCUGGCCAUUAUAAUGGUGGUGUUUCAGAACAGAAAACACCAGGACAAACUCCUUCAGCCCACAAGCUGCCUAUUUGGCACGAGGAGUACAAUGCCUGGGCCCUUCAGUCUGAGCCCCAGAUGCAAAUCUCCCAAGCACCUAGCAGUAGCUCUGUUUCUGAUUCAGUAGCUAGGGCUGCACAAACAGAACCAGUUUUUUUAAAAGCCUGAACUUAAAUCCCACCAGGAGGAGAGGGAGAGGGCAUAGAUUAAGUCUCCCCAUGUUUGGUAGGAUUUUAGCAUUUUAAAAGGAUGUUGCAUGUAUAGCCCAACCCAUCCAUGCAUCUUCAGUUUGAUUGGAACCUGGAGGGGAAAGGGAAUCGUUUCUUUCUUUCUUUGUUUUGUCUUGGGGUAGAGAAAAGAGGUGCAGUGGUUAGUAGGGGAAGAAAGGAAAUUAUCUGGAAAAGGGAACUUUUCAGAAUGCAGAUGUCCUGCUGAAGAAAUGAGUGAACAGCUGCAAGUCAUUUGACAAAAUAGUGGUGUGUGUGGUAUCCCCUGCUGGGAAUCAGCAGCAUCCAAACCAUGCAUAAAAAUGAAAGCAGUUUUUCUAUUUCACACAUAUUUCUUCCUAAUAAAAACAGCCUUCCUGAGGACAACAUCAAUUUUUUAGAAACACUUAAAUUCAAAAGUGGAAGUAAGAUCAGAAGUAUAAAUGAUAGCUGUCCAAAAAGCUGUUUUACAGUCUUUGAAAAAAGGGAUACACACACACACCCACACACACACCAAAGCAAAUGGACAACAGCUUCUUAAGCACUAGCUUGCAGAAUUAUGUUCUCUAUCUUUAAUAGAAUUCUUGGCGCUGGAUCCAUCCCAUUAUAGAAACCUGACAUUGGAAGUGAAAGACUAAUGAGGUGUGUAGUGCAAAUGUUAUGUACUUGCUGGGAUGAGAACACUACAAUUCGGAGCCAUAAAUAUCUGUACCUGUCAAUUACCAAAAAAGCAAAUAUACCAUGUUGGACUGGAGGUCAAAGAGAAGAGGGAGUGCCCCCCCCGUUGCCAUGAUGAAGAGAAGAUGCUUUGACUCCAUGUUUUUCUGUAGAAUCUCUUAACAUAACGUGCUUCAGAUCAGUUGGCAGGAGGAGGCAACAGUAGGGGGCGGUAUUACCUUCGUGCCUUAAUUGUGGGUUUCUUGCAGGCAUCUGGUUGGCCAUUACUUGAUGCCAAACGAGGGACAAGGUGGGCAUUUGAUCUCAUCCAGACAAGCUCUUCUUAUAAUAUUGCUAUCUUUGGUUGCAAUCCACCAGUCAUUGCUGCCACAAAUUCCAUUCAUUUCAGUGUGCUUUCUCAAGAAGGCCAUGAAUGAAGGAUAUACAGCGGGGAAUCAUUGUGAAAUGCCUCUUUUUAUCUCGUCUUCUUCCAACAUUGCUGGUUUCAGUUGUAUCAAUAUUAUCAGUGUUUAACAAGUGCUUUGAAAUGAAGAUGAAGCCCUGUGUUAAAACGAAAGGAUGUAGGCAAUUGAUCAUUUUGCUUUCUAUGAAAUGCACUAAAUUCUGGGUAGAUUAGGCUGCAAUCCUAUAUUCCAGGGGUUGGCAACAUGGUGCCUAUGGGGACAGUGAUGCCCUGUAGGUCUGCUCCAGUAUCCACAGAACCUCUGGGCCCAUACCCCUUGCUGCUCCCUUGGUGAUGAGGUGAUAAAAUUGGUUAGCUUUCUCAUACCUGAAAAGCACAUAGGGUUGUAUUCAACCAAGCCCCACUCACAGUAGUAGACCAAUUAAAAUGAAUGAACCUAAGUUAACCAUGCUCAUUAACUUCAGUGGGCCUUCUCUGAGUACACCUAUUGUUGAAUACCACACCCAUAGAGCUGAGUGAGGAUGACACUUUGUCCAUUUCCUCAUUCAAUGCUAUUUACUCAGAUCCCUUGGAGAAGCAAAAUGUGUGUGCAUGCAGUCUCUCUCUCUCUCUCUCUCUCUCUCUCUCCCUCUCUCUCUCUCUCUGGGUUGGGGAGCUGAUUGAGAGAGAGGUGAUAAGAGCAGAGAUUUAGUUAUUGGCCCCUGGAAUGUUUACCCCAAAAACUUGAAUAGAACUGAGUUUAUCCAUGUUUCCCUAUAUCAUCAGUGUAGCCAGUCUCGAUGGUUUCUUCUGAGAUUUAUGAAUGGAAUGGAAUACGGAAUUUGUAAGGAUGGAGCCGGUAGUGAAUCUUACGGCACUGGGCAGAUCCAGAUAAUCCAUUAACAAUCCAGUAACAUGUUGAAUGCUAUCAGCUAGGAGCUUUCUUCCUGUUGGCAGCUUUUUUUUGGAGACUAACUCUUGAGAAUAAUUGCCGUGUCACAAGUUCCUUCAACGCACCACUGUAUGCUAAUAGCAAUUGCCAUCCAAUAAUGCGUCAGUUACCUGGACCUUCCCAUUGCUCUGUAUUGACAGCCUGUCAGGCUAUCUCCCCUUUGAUCUUGAAAGAGCUGUUUGUAAAAUAUAAAUGACACAUUACCACAGAGACACAGAUUAGUGGACGUUGGUUGAUUUACACCAAAAUGGCUCUCUCUGUGCUUAUUACCGGUAAUUUGUGUGUGUUUGGAAUUGUAACUGUUGCUAGAUUGAGGUGGCACCGGUUGAUGGACAAAGAAAAUAGCACAGGAUGAAGCAGCUCCUCUGCCAUGCUCCCUCCUUAACUCUGUGCUUAGAUGGCCGUUAUCUUGCUUUAUGGCAAAUUCCCACCGGGGCACAUGCGAUCAGAAUAACCUCACCACCGCGUAGCAACGAAGAGCACAACCGCUUGCCCUUUGUUAUACUGGGAAAGGCAUAAAGCAAUGGCAGCACGUAUAGCGUACAUUGAGAGAAAACAAUAUUUGGAUCCCUGCCAGCAAUUGUAUGCUUUGGUUUUUAUAUGAGUCUUCAAUCAUUUCAAGCCCGCUCCUGGACAGGCUGGGCAGAAUGCACUUUAAGGCUUCAUUGAAAUGGAUCAGAUUGCUAACAGCCUGUAAGAGUGGAAACGCUCAGGGGUAGUGAGAGAGAGGUAUGGACUGAACCAUAUUACAGGGGAGGGGGACGCAUCUACAUACAUAAACGUUAUUGGGCAGUGGUGCUGCCAGGGCAGAAGCCAAGGGCCUUGAAUGAACAGGAGGGCCCCAGGAAAUUGCUUCAUUUUGAAGUAAGGUAAUACAAAUACAGUGGUACUUCGGGUUAAGAACUUAAUUUGUUCUGGAGGUCCGUUCUUAACUUGAAACUGUUCUUAACCUGAGGUACCACUUUAGCUAAUGGGGCCUCCCGCUGCCACCCCACGAUUUCUUUUCUCAUCCUGAAGCAAAGUUCUUAACCCGAGGUACUAUUUCUAGGUUAGCGGAGUCUGUAACCUGAAGCGUAUGUAACCUAAAGAGUAUGUAACCCGAGGUACCACUGUAUAUUGUUUACUGUAUAUUGUGGUGUGAGGACUGAGCUCCAUAGGGCUGUUGAAGUCCAGGCUUAGGAACAUAGGAAUCUGCCUUAUCCUGAGUCAGAUCAUUGGCUCAUUGAGCUCUACACUGUCUACACUGACUGGCAGUAGCUCUCCAGGGUUUCAGGUAGAAGUCUGAAGAAUCUCACUCAGAUCUACCUGGAGAUGCCAGGGAUAGAAUGGGGGACCUUCUGCAUGCAGAGAAGAUGCUAUACCAUUGAGCUGUGGUCCCUUAAAAUUACCUAAUUGCACCAUUGAUGGGCCUUUGCCAAUCUGUCAAUAUUUAGCUACAUGGAAAAGGUGAAAAUUUAGGGUGCAAUCUAAUAAACAUUCACUAUAAUGUUAGUUGGGCUUCUGAAUAGGCAUGGAAAGUUGCACUUCAGCACUGCAAGUUGAUUAUGUUUGAAAUCUGCCUUGGAAUACAGCAAAAACAUUUCAAACUUUAAACUUGGAUUCAACAUUUGUAUUCCUGAACUUUAAACUUUGAAGGAGAAAACCCCCCAUGCAUAAUGACCUGGCAUAUGGUUGCCAGUUGCCACCCCAAUUACUUUGAAACAGAGCUCUAAUAUGAUCAUUAUUGUUUUAAAAAGUUAUGAACUAGAAAAGAGGAAAUAAACAAAUGAAAGUUCCAAUUUUAGUUACGGAUUUGCAGCAAUUUAAUUUGAUAUUCCAAUCCCUGCAGAGUGCUGACUGCUGGGACAGAAGUUAUUACAGCCUGAUUUUAAAGGACAGAUUCGUGCUGCUGUUUUAAAGCCAUUGGCAUGGAGGAAAUUGUUUCAGGAAAUGAGUGGUUGAAGGUCCAGUUUCACUAAGACUAUUGACUCAAAAAAGGAGCCACUACCAUACCAAUUGAAGGCUUCGUUCCUAAAUCACAGAUUUCAGAACUGAACUGGGUGUAUUUCUGAAUAAGACUACUUUGGAUAUUAUUACUGUAAGUCUGCCAUCCUGCAUCAGGUAUGGUUAAGAACUCAUUGAACCUUCACAGGACAAUGUAAAUUUAUCAAGCAGCAAUUUGCACACUGUGACAAGAUAUCACUUUGUAAAUAGUCAUUUGCAAUGCUUAUAGAAUAUUAGAGUUAGAAGGGACCCAAAGGGCAUCUAGUCCAACCCCCUGCAAUGCAGGAAUCUCAUUGCAAAAAAUAUAUAAAAGGUGGGCUGAUAACUUAACAGUGACAAAACAUGGUUUCACCCUUUGAUAUUUCUGCAUUUAAAUUCCUGGAUGAAACCAAACACUUUGCUUUUGUCUGUCUUUUUCCCCACCUCAGGAGGAAAUGCCGAAAUUCCUUACCGGGAGUGGUAUAAGCCCUUAGUAUGGUUCUGGAUCCUCGUGGGCCUUGCGUACUUUGCUGCCGUCCUCAGUAUGAUUGGAGAUUGGUUGCGAGUUAUUUCAAAGAAGACUAAAGAGGAGGUAACUACAGGCAAAUGAUUGACCCUGGUGGGUUUUCCUUUGCCAGUUAGUGCUGGCUUUGAUUUGCCCUUAUUAGUUCAUUAAGUCUGUUUUAGAAGACUUGUACCCCACCUUCCACUGUUAAAAAAAAGGUGUUCAAAAUGGUUUGUAUAAAAUAUUAAACAAAACAUUUUUGUUUUGUUUUUACCCUUAUCAUGGAGAAGAAAAGGCUGAAGCGUAAGUCCUACCCAAAUCUGGAGUGGAGUCCCUAAGAUGGUUGGAUGGCAUCUUGUUUUCAAUUUUUAAUUUUUAUUGGAAAUUUUAUUUACAGCAUAACAUUAAACCCCCCCACCCCCAAUACAGAAAUCCACCCUCAUUAAACGUGAACAUAACAUACAAUAAGCAUAACAUGCAACAAUACAAACAACCAAAUAAAAGACUUCCUUGUGGAUAUUUAGGUUAUAAUUAGAAAAAUCUUAAUAAUUAUUCAUAAAGGAAACAGCUUAUAAGAAGUAAAUAAGGAGGCCAGAUACAGGAUAAAGGAGAAAAAAGAAAAGGUUGGAUGGCAUCUUGUAUGCCUCCUUCUGGCAACUCCUGCAGCCAGGCUGGUGCCAAACAUAUCACUCUGCUUCCCUUUGGCCUGCAUUAGCAAGACUGAGAGGAAGGUCUUGUCGUUUGGGGCAGCCCAGGACCUCCAUCCACUCUACUGAGGCUCAUGCUCCCGGAAGGUCACUUUGGUGCUGCAAAUGCAGUGGUUUGAGUUCACCUCUGGAGGCACACUCCAUUGCCUCUCGAGACAGAUGGAUGCCAUCAUCAAUACCCUUAUCACCAUCACAAUUUUAUUCAUGCUCAAAGUGUCUUACAUCAAAGAAAACGGGAAGGCAUCUCAAAUUCUACCAUCGUUAGAACAAUUUCAUAAUAACAUAAUAAAAAAACCAGCAUAAUGGCAAAUAUAAUGGCAUACACAAAACCCACAACAAUUUCAGUGCUAUAAAUAUAGCAAGGUUGCAUUAGCGACCGUACACCCUCCUGGCAAGAGCAAAAAUACAAGGGAGCUUGACAGUUUUAGCUUGGUCAAAGAAACACCUCUUCCAUGAUGUUGCUCUUAUAUCCUGCAUUUCUUCCAUCAGGACUAGCAGCCUGAAAAACAGUUUCUACGCUAAUGCAAUUCUGGUUCUAAAUGCAGCAUAAGGGGUUUCUGUAGUAUAGUGUGUUUGAAAAUGGGGUUUUAGAGUUUUUAGGGGUUUUUGAAUGUUUUAUGUAGUUUUGUAGUAGUUUUAUGUAGUUUUGUGGUAGUUUUAUGUAGUUUUUAUGUAGUUUUAUGUAGUUGUCAAUUUCAUUGUUCUGCAAGGGACAAUGACAAUAAAGAUAUCGUAUCGUAUCGUAUCAUAGAAUCCAGGUUGGCAUACAUGUGAUGGACGCCCAUUCAAGCACUAACCAGAUCCAGGCCUCCUUAGCUUCAGCAAAGUGGUAGCCUUGCGUCCUUUCAGAUCAUGCCCUGUGAUGAUAGAUAUAAUAACUUAUCAAUAAAAAGCAUUGAUAAAACAAAGACACUCACGGCACAGAUGGAAUGCAUUGAAAACAACCAGAUCAUGUGUUAGAAAUUGCUAAGCAAGCAAAUUCUAAGCCUAUCUAAGACAAAACAAGGGAGGGCAAAUAGAGAGGGAGCCUGUCAGGCCUGCCUUGGAAGAGAAUCCCAUAGUUUAGGUGUCAUCUCAUAGAAGGCUCUUGCCCAGUCUAACCUCAGUCAUAGUUGGGACCACUGGCGGACAAAGUUGGAGUCAGGGUGGUAGUGGUCCCCCCGGGUGCCAUCCGGGGGGGUGACAUUGUGGCUGCCCCCACCCCCAGGACACUCGGUGCUUGCUGCACACCCCCGGGACGCUUGCUGCGCAACCCGUCGCACCCCCGCUCCCUGAGACACGCGCCACGCCCCCUGAGAAGUGUGCCAUGCCCCCUGAGAUGCACCCCCCGAGACAUGCAUCACGCCCCCUAGGACAUGUGCCAGCCACGCCCCGGAUGUACUCCACUCCCAGUGCCGGAGCAGGUAGCUCCGCCACUGGGUAGGGCACAGAAAAGAAGCACCUUUAUUUAAAUUCCUUUCUUUCUGGUGGCACUUUAUGGAGCUGUGGUAUUGAUCCUAUAGGGUGAAAGAAACGGGACCGGGGAUUGAUUGAAUCUGAAAGCACUUUGAUGAUCAAAGCUAACGACAUGGGGGAAACAGAAGGGUGGGUGCAUACUUAUUAACACAAGGCAGAGACCUUCUGGUUUCCUGGAAAUCCACCUCAUGGUGUGUGUGUAUGGGCGGGGGGAACCACACACAAAAGCCUGGCCCCUUGUGAAGAAUCUCAGUUUGUUAUUUAAGCUUGGCGUUGUAUGUCAAAAUGGUGUAUUUUGUAUGAAGCUGAAUGUCACAGCUUUGCCACAACUGGUCUCAAAGGGAGCUCUUAUGCCUUGCAUAGCUUGUGUGAAAGAAGACAUUUGGCCAGCAUCGCCUCCCGUGUGGCUUUACAUGGCAUGAAUGCAAUAUAGUAGGAAGUAGACAAGAGCCAUUUGGAAACCAAGUGAAUAAUUCUAACUAGCGUCGCUUCCCCUCCCUGCACCACUUGAUCUAUACUUGCAGGAGUUUCUAAGUACCAAACAACAACAACAACCCACCCUUAAAAAAAUAAUACUAUGAUUUUUUUCAGCUCUUUGUUCUUGACAUUUUUCACAGGUUGGUGAAAUAAAAGCCCACGCGGCUGAAUGGAAAGCCAACGUGACUGCGGAGUUCAGGGAAACGCGGCGGCGUCUGAGCGUGGAAAUCCACGACAAGCUCCAGAGAGCAGCGACGAUUCGGAGCAUGGAGCGCAGGCGGCUGGGGCUGGACCAGAGAGCCCACUCGCUGGAUAUGCUCUCUCCGGAGAAACGCUGCGUCUUUGCUGCCUUGGACAGUGGCCACUUCAAGGCUUCAUCUCAGGAAAGCAUCAACAACAGGCCUAACAACCUGCGCCUUAAAGGGACGGAACAGUUGAGCAAGCAUGGGCAGGGGGCCUCCGAGGACAACAUCAUCAACAAGUUCGGCUCUUCCUCCAAGCUGACCAAGAGGAAAAACAAAGACCUGAAGAAGAGCAUCCCGGAAGACGUGCGCAAAAUCUACGAGACCUUCCGGAACUACUCCUUGGACGAGGAGAAGAAGGAGGAAGAUUCCGAGAAAGGGUGUCACUCGGAACAUUCCAGCACCGCCGUUCUCACCGACUGCAUUGAGCAACACAUGGGCCUUGAGAACGGGAUGAUCCCCAGCGAAACCAAAGAAAGGGAACACGAAAACAAAGCAUUACUUGAAGACAGGAAUUAA